AUGGUGAUGAUCUUAACUACAACUCUGGAAAACAAAGGUGCUGAUUCUCUAUCAUGCAGGGCUGAGUUGGUAAGAGAGUUCAUUUCACACCAACAGCUUAGUUUACUCUAUCAGCCAUUUAUAUUCUUCAGAUUGCAGGGCUAUCUCCUUUGGGGUAAAACAAAUGGGACUCUUUCCUUAUAGCUCAAUGUGAUUAUGCCAAUGGGUGCACAAGAAGAACAUAUCUGUUUGGUGCUGCAUAUGUUGAGUCUUGUGUUUUAAAGGACAAUGUUGGCUUACCUGCGCAUUAGCUGUGCAUAAGGGAUCUUUGGUCUGGGUGGAAGUUGUGCAAGAGCAGGUACUGAGGACUUACCGUAUUUUUUGCUCUAUAAGACGCACCAGACCACAAGACACACCUAGUUUUUGGAGGAUGAAAACAAGGAAAAAAAUAUUCUGAAUCUCAGAAGCCAGAACAGCAAGAGAGAUCGCUGCGCAGCGAAAGAAGCAAUCCUUCUUGCUGUUCUGGCUUCUGUGAUAGCUGCGCAGCCUGCAUUCACUCCAUAAGACGCGCACACAUUUCCCCUUACUUUUUAGGAGGAAAAAAGUGCGUCUUAUAGAGCAAAAAAUAUGGUACUUUAAAUGAGUCACUUGGUUUGUGAAAUGUCACAUGGGUAAACUCUUCUGGCCCGCUUAGCAUCACAUUUAAAUUUGACAGUAUUCCCAGAGAUGUUCAUGAUAUGACUGCAUUCAGACUUAACAGUUACCUGUUGAAACAACAGCUGUUGUUAAUUUCAUUCCUACACUAUAAGAAUAAGAAUAAGAAUUUAUUAUUUAUACCCAGCCCAUCUGGCUGGGUUUCCCCAGCCACUCUGGGUGGCCUCCAACAGAACACUAAAAUACAAUAACCUAUUAAACAUUAAAAGCUUCCCUAAACAGGGCUGCCUUCAGAUGUCUUCUAAAAGUUUGGUAGUUAUUUUUCUCUUUGACAUCUGGUGGGAGGGUGUUCCACAGGGCGGGUGCCACUACCAAGAAGGCCCUCUGCCCGGUUCCCUGUAACUUGGCUUCACGUAGCGAGGGAACCGCCAGAAGGCCCUCGGUGCUGGACCAUCAUGGUGUCUUCCAAAAUGCUGACAGUGUUUAUAAUAAUACAAACAGAAUUAUGAUGUGUCUUUCCCAAACUGUUCUGACUAUAGAAUUGUGGCUUUAGUGCCAAUUUUGACUUUUCUUGGCAUUUUGUAAACCAUUUGCUUAAUACAGUGGUACUUCGGGCUACAUACGCUUCAGGUUACAGACGCUUCAGGUUACAGACUCUGCUAACGCAGAAAUAGUACCUCGGGUUAAGAACUUUGCUUCAGGAUGAGAACAGAAAUCGUCUUCCGGCGGCGCGGUGGCAGCAGGAGGCCCCAUUAGCUAAAGUGGUGCUUCAGUUAAGAACAGUUUCAGGUUAAGAAUGGACCUCCGGAAUGAAUUAAGUACUUAACCAGAGGUAUCACUGUAUUCUGGUUACUCGUUGUCCCAGAACUGGUUACUAGUGCAGAUAAUCUCAUAAGAAUUGGAGCAAAGCACACUUGGAUCAAAAGAACUCCUUCUUUCCAUUCACAAAGAAAGGCUUUAGGAAGAGUGGAAAUAGAGAAAUUAAACUUUUUGCUUGUCCUAAGAAAGACAAUUGUGGUUACAGAUAAUUUACUCCUUCCUUCCUAGUUUACUAUAAGACCCAACCCUUGUGAAAUGGCAAUUACAGUUAAAAUGGGGAGAAAUGUAGUUUCAAAACAUUCUUCCUACUUACUCUCCCCCCCCCCUUGGAUCUAAAACCAGUCUUCUAAAUAAUCAUUUUAUAUUUGGAUGGUGGUAGUCACCUAAAUCCUACUCGAAGUAGACCUAUGGAAACUAAGGAACCUAACUUAGUCAUGUCCAUUAAAUUCAAAGGGACUAUUCUUGUUAGGACUAGCAAAUACCACCCAUUCUGCCAAAAUACUCUUUCCUCACACAUCUAAAUGUUAUAAAUACAAUUCUACAAAGACAAAAUGUACACACUGUAAACAUAAGGAAUAAUACAUGUAAGUGAAUAGAUAUGAGGGAUUCAUACAUUUAUGUGCAUAAAAAGGCUUUCUUAUUUAGAUGUAAUCAAUAAUAGCUUAAUUUAACUGCUACCUAUUGAGCUUUUUUUUAAAAAAAAAGUGAUCAAAUGUUCAAGACAACACCAUCCCAGUGACAUUCUCCCUUCUUUUGUAUGCCAUUAUAGUUUCAUACUUAACUUUAUAGGUGUAGUUGAACUUGAUAAAUAUAAAUGUGUAAGUGUCAUUUGUAGCAGGCUGUUUCAGAAAGUUGGGAGAAUGGGGAAAGUUUUAAUAGGAAAUAUUUUACCAGUACAUAGCUUAAUAGGCAUGUGCAGGAGAGGCAUUGAAUUAAAUCCAAGAGGGAAAGGAAGGUAAUAGGCUUUGUUUUGACAUUUGGUAAAUGGCACCAUUUCCCCUGCUUUAAGGCGAUAUUAUUUGUUAUCUUUGUGAUAUCAACCACCGUUAGCAAUCCCUAACCCCAUCUCAGGCCUAUUUGCAUGCCUAGCAAUCAAUGUACUGCUUGAUAAUGGAUGAAGUAACGGCUGCUAUGCUUAACAGGCCUGGAAAGAAAGUGCCAAGAAUUAAUGUGGUUGUACAGAGGAGAGGAACAAUGAUCACAACUGAGUAGCAGUGCAGGUCAGAGACAAAUGUGAGCGUCCCAAAAGAUGGAAAGAAAAAGAAGCAGGAGAAGGAAGGAAGGAAGGAAGGAAGGAAGGAAGGAAGGAAGGAAGGAAGGAAGGAAGGAAAGAAAGAAAGAAAGAGAAAGAAAGAAAGAAAAGUUGGGCAGGGGAAAUGAAGACAAAACCAGCUGAGGAGGGAGUUGGGAUGGCAUUGCUCAUUUGCUAAGCUACAACUCCUCUUAUUAUCACAUUUCAACACAUGCUCCAUCAUGUGUUUAAAAUCUUGUACUCCAGAACUCUGGUAGUUGAUAGCAGAAAUUAUUCCUGAGUAGGAUUGGACUGAGGUCAGCCCUUUGUGUAAGUGCGCACAGGGUUGCAGCCUAAGUAUUAGAAUGUGUAAGACUCCAUACAAAGAAAAAAAGCAACAGUUAUUGCUGAAACUUAGAAACUGUAGAAAUACUUGCUUGAUUGCAGGGCAGGGAAUCUGCUUUGUUACUUAUAAUGGGUUGUGGGUUGCAUUCAACAUAGUGCCAAAGCUAAGGUUCUGCCAGUGCAAGGAUUUCUCCUUGAGUAAUGGAGCAUUGCUUCACAGUCCUCUCCCUGUGUGCUACCUAAAUCUACUCUGGAAUUUUCCCCAACUCUACAGAGUGGGGUUGGGGGACAGUGGAGGGGGUGUCCUAGCAGGGGGUGUCCCAUUGCACUAGUGGUAAUCCAUGUGGGCGUGCAGAUAUUUUGCUGAAUACCACCUUAAAUAAUUCUCUUUUUGAAAAGCAAGAUUGGUCUGCUAGGGGAAAAAAUAGAAAAGCAGAACAGAGAUCAAGUACCAUAUUUUUCGCUCCAUAACACGCACCCGACCAUAACACGCACCUAGUUUUUAGAGGAGGAAAAUCCGUAGGCAUGCCACCCGUAGGCAUUCCCUCCAUAACACACACAGACAUUUCCCCUUACUUUUUAGGAGGAAAAAAGUGAGUGUUAUGGUGCAAAAAAUACGGUACUUUGAAUUUCAUGGACAUUACUAACAUGUUGUGUUAUUGAAUACCAAACUGCAAUUUGUUUCUGCUCUUCUUCUUCUUCUUCUUUUUAAAGAAGAGUCAUGAGGUGAUGAUAUUGACAAAGGAGAACACUUUUAAAAGGAAGACUUUAAACAAUAUCUGAGAAAUUGCUGGAAUUGUUUGUCUUCUAAUAAUAUUAUUAACUUUUGCCCCAUUAAGAACAAGAGAAAUUCUGUGAAAGCAAUCAGGAGAUGUUUCAGUAGUGGAGAUCACUGUUUAGUUUACGUGUUCCACCAUUCUUACUUUUCUAAUCCUGAAGAGAAAUUUGAAAGAACAAUUCAAAACUUCAGCUGAGUCUUUGAUCUUGGAUUAGAACAUUCACAAAAUAGUAACCUGACCCCAUUCUUUGGUUUAGCCUUCCAUUCAGUUUUGAAAAACUGUUAGAAGGAAGACUUACGAAGAAAAGCUGCAAAAGAGCAAUACAGGCACAGCAUCCUUUUUAAGCUUGCUGCCCUUUUGCUUAAUUUGUACGUUUGAGUCAGUCUACACCUUUUCAUUGAUCUGUGCUCUUGGCAUUACCCAGUCCUUGAAUGGCAUUUGGACAUGACCCUGUAUUUCAGCAUAAUUCUUAAAACCUCAAUGAAUAGCUUUUCUGGUUGUUUUCAGCACACUCCAAAGAAGAUGAGUCAAGGACCCACUCUCUUUUCUUGUGGAAUUAUGGGUGAGUAAGGAGAAAGCCUCUAAUUUUUUAUUGCACGUUAUAAUGCUGGUGGGAAAUGCAACAGGGCUCUCGGAGCUAGGGAUGGGAGAAUCUGUCAUUUUCAGUAAUAUAUGCAUUUUUAUGCAUAUUUUACCAUAGGAUGUGCAUUUUUGUACACAUUAUUUGGCUGGAGAAAUUUAAUUCAUUUGGCUUUUAAAGGCAAAUAUAACUAAUCUGCACUUUCAAAAGCAAUACACGAACCGAAACACAUUAAUCUUUCAGAAUUUUCACUUCUCCAAAUUUUGCUAUGUGGUUCUCCCUCAUUCCUACUUGGAGCUGAUUCAGUGUUUUCUUACGAGCAAAAACUAUGGGUUUUUUUUUUGCAAGCUGAGAAAUCCAUUUCCUAAUUUCUCAUGCACUUUUAUUUAAAUUCCGUAUGGUUGGCAGUUGAUCUGUAGCGCUCAGCUGAUGAGCUCUGUGUGUGCCCUGCAUGUCAAAACUCCAGGUGACCUCAGUCUCAUCUCAAAUAUUGUAGAAGUUAGUAAAUCACCCAUCUUCACUCCGGUCUAAACCAGAUGUACUUAAUUGAGACAACUGACUAGGAUUCCAGAUUCCAAGCAAAGCAUUCUAGUGUCUUGAAAAAUCAGCUCAGUGACACAUCUGGUAUAUUCAAACUUUACGUUUAGUGAUGCUUGAUAAUCGAGUUCCUUUUAUUCACAGGUAUGAACUAAAAUUUGCCUGCUUGCUCCAAACCUGGGUUUUGCAUUGCUGAGUAUUUCAAGGCUAUCUUAUUUUGAAUCUCACUUAUUUUAACAGUAAUACAUAAAGGUGAAGUGAUACAUUCAUUCCUAGUCUGUGUAGUGUUUAAGAGGAAGUGUAGUGUAAUGUUUAAAACUUCACAGUAUAGUAUUUAAAAAAGAAGCAAUAAUAAUUGGGCAAUCACUAUUUAAUUGGUAUUCUUGUGCUGCAGUCAACAAAAGUUCAUACUGUACUGGCACACAAGCUGUGUGUGUGUGUGUGUGUGUGUGUGUGUGUGUGUGUGUGUUAUACAGCCUUAUGAUGUUUGAGGUUUGGCUGGAUGCUCUUGGAGGGCUGGCAGUUCUGAAAGAUGUAGUACUGCAUUGUGUUCAUUAGUUUCUUAUAUGACUGGGCAAUGACCUCCAGACCCAAUUAAAACUUUAGGCCCAACUAUUCUAUAACAAAAGCUGGUAGUUUACAAACAAAGAAUCUGUUCCCACCAUUCACAGGCAUUACCCUCAUUAGUAUUAAUGGGAGCUGAGCAACUGUACUGGGAGAGACAUUUCUCAAGCUUCCAGACAGGAAAGUCAUCUGAGAUGAGAGUGAGGGGGAAAUACAAAGUGUUUUUGAAUUAUUAUGAUUCUUUUGCCUCAGAUGGAAGGUGCAGGCUUCAAAGUAAAAAAAUAAAGUGACAGAAACAGUCUAUUCUAUUUAUGUUUUAUGUGAAGAAUCAAACAAGAAACAAAUAAUACCAAAUCAAUUAGCCAAACAAUAUAUAGAAGUCUAAGAAACUUGUUUAUGACUACUUUUCUAUAAAACUUUUCCCGUUCAAGCUACACUGAUAUGGUCUUUAUUUGCUAAAGUGUCCUGUUUCCAAGGGAACCUAAUCUUACCUUGCUGACCAUAGCACCCCCUGUGCAAUUUUCUUUGCCAGUUCCAGUGAAAAAGAGCAAAUCCCAUUGGCAUUAUUUUUGUUUUGCUUUGUAAUGUUCGUCAUCUCUUCCAAUGCCUUCUUCCUUGGCCCAGAUUAACCAACCAUUGUUGAAACUUGCCCAAAUAGGUUCAGUGCUCACAGCCACAAUGAAUUUCCAACUGCCAAGCUAUUUCUGAUUAGAUAGUUUUGUUCCUACUUGUUCAAAGGGUCAAGACAAAUGCACCAUUACAUAUUUGGAUUAGAGCCAGUGGGAAGUCAAGAAAUAUACUGCCACAUGGGACAUCUGAGGACUGGAGGGAGAGACCACGCUUGACUGGCUUUCUAGUCUCCUCAGUCUGAACAGGCAGUGUCAGCAGCGAGCCAGCAGUAAAUCACACUAUACAAGUUAGAGUUAACUCCAUAUUAGCAAAAACAUGUUCUGCACAGGAGUGUCAGGCCUAAUUAGCACAGCAACUCAUCUCAGGUAGGUCUUGCCCCCAUGAAGCAGUUGCUGAGACUGAAGGUUUCCGCCUCCCCACAGCUGCCAAAGUUCCCUCCUAUCCAGGGUAUUUUCCAAGCAGUCAGAGACUGUGUCUGUGCAUUGCCAAUCUUUCCUCCGCCCUUUUCAUGUCCCUUCUGGUUCUGGGAGACAAUGGAGGAGGCGAGCUUGUUGCAGCAGGAGGGGAAGGCACCAUGACUCUUUACCAUCCUGACUCAUCUCUGCCUCUUGGCCUCUCUCCUCCCACCCUCCUGCUUCAGCUUCUGGACGUCUUUCUGCCACUGUCCUUCCCAGCUCAAUAAGCCUUGUGAGCUUCCAACACCUCCUCUUCUGAGUCUUCUCCCUCUGAUCACUCAUCAUUGUCUCACAACCACUCCCCAGGUUUUGAGCCUUCUUCUCUUGGGGGUUCCCCAGCUGGUUCCUCCCACCAUUCAUCUGUGCCCAACCAGUCUAAUAUAGGUAGGAUGUUGUGAGAACUAAUUGUCUAUUUGAAUUUCAGCAGGGAUGGGGGGGGGGGAGAUAGAGAUAAAGCUGGCAUAUCCAUAGAAGAUACAACAGUGACCUUGAGAAGCUGUUGUGCAAGUCUAGCAUUGGAAUGAUGACAAGAUAAGUUCUGUGCCAGGCCAUCUUUGCCCAGAGCAUGGACUGAGGCAAAUGGGAAAGAGUGACUUAUAUCUACUGCUUUAUAAGUCAUGGGAAAACUUUUCUUUUGGCCCUGCCAGUUAUGUCAACUUGCUUUAAAGAGAAGGCUAGGCAAACCAGACACUUUUGUAGAACCUCUUUAGCACUAUUCAGCACAAAGUCUGAGGAUGGAUUUUGAGUGUGGUCGACCAAACACGCUUAUAAUUCUUCUUUAGACAUAUAAGAUGAAGACACGAAAAUCUGAAGUGGAACUGUAUGGAUGUUGGGUGUGGGCUUGUAUAUGGGCCCCCUCUCCAUUUUAAGCCCACAAUGCAUUCGCCCCACAUAUAAAUAGGACUUUGGUCUCAAGUGUGCUGAUCUUCCAAUAUUCCUAUUAUGUUCUCACAUUCCCUAUUUAAAAAAACCAUUGAUAAAUCUAUGAAAACUUCACACAUUUGAGUUUGAUUGAAAUAUUUGAGAUUUUUUUUUGCCAUUUUUUGAAUUAAAAAUUAGCAUGCUUUGGGCUUUCCUCUUUCUGCAGCUAUUUUAGUUGCUUUUAGGCUUUAUAACCCUAACCAAGUUAUUGGCGUUCAUUUAAUAUUGUGUUUCUAUUAGAGUACUAUUAUUAGCUUUCUUAGGUUUUUAGUUUGUCUGAAAAGGGGCUGUUUCUCCUUUCAGGCUUUGUUUUAUUUCAAUCCUUCUGUCACUUUCACAUUAGCAUUGCUUGAUGACAAUUACUGAAGAAUGUCCCUUAAAAAAGCGGUGGAAACAACUUUUUAUCAGCUUUAUUUGGAGAAAAUGUGUGUGUAUAUUUCCUAGUAGCAUUCAUUGGCAAUCUCUCUCUCUUUCUCUGUCUCUCUUUCUCUCUCUCUCUCUCUCUCUCUCUCUCUCUCACACACACACACACACACACACACACACACACACACUUAUUUAUCAUAACACAGUUAUAUUUGGAGAAAAAGUAUCUGUAUACAUAUUGCUCAUUCGCAUUAAUUUGCUGUCUCUCCAUCAUCACAACACUUUGCCACGGAAAGGUUUUGCUAAGGAGAAAACCAGUUUUGUAGGGGGAAAGAAUAAAAAUCUAAUUCCUGCUUAUUCAUAUGCAUUUUUACUUCGUUGUAUGUGCUGCUAAGCUCAAUGGAGCUUGCUCUCAAGUAAACAGGCAGAGGGUUUCAGCCUUUCCUGGUGAAUAGUUAAUGCAGAUAACUGAAAAGGCCUCAGAUACCACUUGAUACACUAUUUAAAAACAUAAAUCUUCAUCAAAUAUUUGUCAAGUCACAGUGCCUUACAGCAUUUCCCCCCUUUUCUUAAAGGGCAAGAAUCCUCUGAGUUUAAAAAACGUUGAAAUUGGUAUAAUUACCGCCAAGAGAAGAGUGUAAAAGAAUACUGUUCCUGAUUUUUGUUUUUCAGGAAAAAGCAUAGAAGAUGAAAAACGUAUUGCUAUAAAUUCAGCCUUGAGCAAGAACAAUUUUGUAUGCCUUGCUUGAGUAGCCCUUGAAUCAUGUGCAAAUAAAUUGUUGCUGUUAUGGAACAGAAUAUUUCUUUUAUCCUCCCAGACAGCCAAUAUUAUAUUUCUCCAGUCAAAAGGGAUACAAAUGCAGUGGGUGGGAGGGUCACAAAGGGAAGCUGGUUCAACAUAAUGUUUAGGCAGUGAAACUAUGGGUUUUUUGCUUUUAAAAAAAUAUAUAUUCUGUAGCCAAAGGAUGAAUUGAAGCAAAUAUUUAAUGCAGUGCUGCACCCUAAUUCCUCUCUUAGAGAUUAAAAGGAAAAUAUUGGCUGCUGUUCUCAAGCUGCCUUUCCCAGAGUUGCUCCAUUCAUGUCAGUAGUGGAAUUUGGCUAGCUUUAGGAUUUUGUAUUGCGAAUGUUCAGUAUUAAUAGUGGUAAAAAAAGGCCUUCCUGCACGAAUUUAUUCUGUUGUUUUACUAAAGGAGCAUUGGUAGUUUGGAGGCAACCUGAUGCUCAGAGUUAGGAUGCACAAUUCUUAAGGAAGAGUCCCUACAAAGGCAGCAUCUAUUUCUGAGGUUUGACAGCUAGGUGGGAGAGUUUGCUGAACUCCUGUGGGGUUUAAUGUUUUGGAGCUUUUGGCUCCCAUCUUAUCCGUACACUAGGGGUUGAAGCACUGAACAUAUUCUGCUGUAUAUAUCCAGACACUGGCGUGUGCUCUGAAUGUACCUAAAGCAGAUGCAGAGCUUUUACAAACAGCAUUGAGGGUGUUGACUAGUUUCUUAAAGUAGCUGGCAUGGCAGGAACUCAUGUUGUUGAAAAGAGAUGCAAAAGCCAUGUGCUCAAGAGAAAGAUAUACAGUGGUACCUUGGGUUACAGACGCUUCAGGUUACAGACGCUUCAGGUUACAGACUCCGCUAACCCAGAAAUAGUACCUUGGGUUAAGAACUUUGCUUCAGGAUGAGAACAGAAAUCGUGCUCCGGCAGCGUGGUGGCAGUGGGAGGCCCCAUUAGCUAAACUGGUACCUCAGGUUAAGAAUAGUUUCAGGUUAAGAACGGACCUCCUGAACGAAUUAAGUUCUUAACCCGAGGUACCACUGUAAUAAUAUUUAACUUCAGUUAGAACUGGGCCAAAAACAGAAGCUCAUCUUCUGUAGUAUAUGCUGCUUUUCUCAUAGACAAUGUAACUGGUAAUGUUUAUUGAUCUCAUCUCAGUUCUGCCUCGAAUACACUAGAUCUGCAGUCGACAUGGCCAAAGGGAUUUUGAUGUCUGCCUGAGACGCUAAAUCCAAGCAAUGCCUCCAGCUGUGAUGGUAAAAAUAAAACACAAAGCCAAAUAGUUGACAAUUUUCUGCUGUAAUGGCAGAAUUUGGAUGGAUCUCCCACUUCUUAUAGGUCAGACACAUGCUUUAUUAGGAAACCAGUAGAAUUGGCAGGCACUGUUUCAACAAACAUGCAACAGUUUAUGGAUCAAAAUAUAAAAUUGUUAUAGAGCCAGUUCGAGGGAAGUUUCAUUCACUCCUCAUUUUCAGCGUGUGUGUCUAGUGACAGCUGAUGGGGAGCACAGACACAGCUUUUAUCCCUUCAUGUUACAAUUUAUUUUUCUGGGUUAUACCUUGAACCCUUUACAAUAUGGAAAUAUAAGCAUUUGAUCUUUCUUAGCUCCUUCUUUAUUAAACGAAGCAGUAAGAGCAGUUCAGCAAUGGAACCAAUUUCCUAGAGUUGGUGUUCUGUCCCUUGCUGUGGUCUUCAAGCAGAAGGCAGACAACCAUAUCUUGGGGAUUCUCUAUAUUUCCUGCAUCAAGCAGUGGGACCGCAAAGCCCCUUCCAGCUCUUAUUUUUUUAAUGCAGCCAGCAAGCACAGUAGUUUAGCAUUUUCUUAAGCAAGAGCUCAAGGUAAAAAUGGUUGCUCCCAACCUUUUUGUUAAUUGAAAACCCUAUUUAAUUUGGAAUUAGUCAUUGAGAAUUUCACUUCAACAACUUUGCCUCACGUUUGGUGGGCAUGAUUCAAUAAACAUCAGUGACUGGGCAAAAUAUUUGCUUACUACUUAAAGCUAUUUAAACUACCUUUAACGAGACUGUAUUAAGGCACACACAUAAUUUUGCUGGCAUUAUUUCCUCCCUCUUUUUUGCCUUUGUGAAAAGGAACUUUUUGUGUUGUACUGAUUUUUAAAAGCUUUAUAAAAGAGAGAGAGAAAGAGAGAUGAAAAAUAAUGCUGGAUGCAAAAUUCAGAAAUAUAAUAAAAGGAAAUCUACACUGAUUUGAUUUUGGCAUCAUUGUUUUAAAAUAUAAAUAGCAUCAUUUGUUACGAGAGCUACGUGACUUGUGCUGGAGCUAUCUUAAUAGAUAGUUAGGAAUAAGGACAUUUUGCUGCACUCUUCCUUCCAAAAUGGAUCAUCUAAUUUUCCACUUGGGAGGUGCUGUGUACAAAAGUAGCAAUGGGAGAUGGAUAGUGUGCUGGAAUGCUGGAGAGGAAUCUGUGUCCUUUGUUGUACUGCUGGUUUUGCUCCAACCAGGGGUGGCGGGCUCUACUAUAUCAUUUGCACCACCUGCCGCACCAGCCUCUGGGGGAUCUGCAGCCUUUCAGAUGUGCCUCUACAGUAUAAGAUGGAGCUCCAACUCCCAUCAGUCACAGACAGCAUGGCCCAAUAGUUGGGGAUGGUGGGAGUUGUAGUCUGGGCCGAACUCAGGGUGUUACUAUUGCUGUAUAAAGCCCUGAACCACUUUGGGACAGUUUACUUGAAGGAUUGCCUCAGCCCAUAUGCACCCAUUUGACCAUUUGGAUCUGUGGAAGUGGCACUUCUUCAAGUUCCACAUAAUGUGUGUUCUGCACUUGCAAGAAAUCAGUCCUUUAGUGUGGCAGCACCUGUAUUUCAGAAGUUCCUUCCCACUGAUAUUAGGCAGGUGCCUCCACUGUCUUGUUUUUGCCUCCUGCUAAUCCGCUUUUUUUCUUUCAGCAAGCCUACCCAGACACGGCACUUUAGCAUGCAAUUUUGACAAGUGUUUUAGAAUUACUGAUUCUAUUUUCUGUUAGAUAUAUAUAUAUCUAUGCAGCUAGUUUUGAACGCUUGUUUCUUAGUGGCAUUUUAAAUGAAUAUUUUAUGCUGUCCAUUGUAAGCAGCUCGGAAGUCUUUUGUCAAACUUUCAUUUAUUGUAAUUGGACAUUGGUUAAAUAAAAUAUAACUAAAUAGGGCAGCAACGUACCAAGGGCCACAGGUGUGCCUCUUGUGAUCUAUAACACCAGCAACAGAUGGUGAGGGAAGGGGCUUCCUUCCUGUUAUGCCUAAGUGGGUUGUGAGCUUCUUCUCUCUUCUGGCAUUGCUGUGGGGAAGUGGGGCAUAAAUGUUUGCUGGUUUGUUUGCAAGAGAACAGUGGGGCUUGGUGAUAAAUGUUCCACGUCCUCACACCAGCUUAGGUGUAGGGGAAUUCCUGUUAAAUGUGACCAUUGUGGUCGUCUCUGAGGCAACCUUUCUGAGGUGAAGUGGGCUGUGGUGCUCUUAGGAAACAAAGUGUGAGAUGGAGGCUACAGUUAGGAGUCCACACCUUACAUAAAUCCCUAUAAGAGUUCUGAAGAAACAAAAGGGAACUCUGAGGCUCCCGAAUCAGGAUUUCAAGCUCUUCAAUCUGUCAACGUUGUUUCCAGACUUGUAUGCCUCACCUCUUCCUGUUGCCAAGUGUCCGCAUAAAACAGAUUGUCUAAAUGACUAAUUGCUACGUACGUAUAACAGGAAAUAAUUCGAGUGAAGCUCUUAUUCCAUUCCUGUUGACUACACUUUGCUCUUUUGGCUAAUUAAUCUAUAGGAAGUAGUUAACCCCCUAACCCAUUUUGCAUUAACAGUACCACUCUCCCUGAAUAUUCUGUGUGAUAGGGGACCCUUGCAUUUUGCAUUGGCUGGUAAGCUAGCUCUGAUGUGAAAUCUUAAUGUGUCAUCUGCAGGACUGAAUGGGGGAUGCUUGCCUAUUUUUUUGACAGAAGCAGACGUGUAUGUGUGUGGGAGUAGCCACACCCUGACUCUGCCGUCUCUAGUCUCUCCUCAGCCCUUUCUUAAUCUUGAUGUUUGUUCAAGUGGUGCCAAGUACAGGUUAUCCAGUCUCCUCAGGGAAUAGCUGCGGAGGUCUGAUGAGCAAAGCAGAUUUUCAGAUGAGUGAUUCCUUAUCGGGCAGAGGUGCCAGUUUCUGGCCUUGAUCUUUCUUAGGCCUGUUGUCUUUUUUCACACACAAACACACACGAAAAGCACUUGAAGGCACUUUCUUUGUCCCAGGUAUGCAUAGUGAAGUUGCACACUCAUUUUGGAUAUAGAAAAGGGCAUUUUCCUAUCAUUCCAAAAUCAGCUAAAUAAUGCCAUGAAGCGUCAAUUCAAAGCAAAUGUUUUCCAGGACGUGAUCUGGCCAUGCUGGGGCAUGUUUGGAAAACAUUGCCACAAAGAAUUACAGGAAAUGUCACCUCUGUCCAGAAUGAUUUUGGACUCUCAGUUUCUUAGGGAACAUGGAAAAAUAACUUCGGUACCUUUUGUGUUACCAAGGACAACUUGGCAACCAAGCGUAUUCCACAUUUACCAAGUGGCAUGACUGGUGGGUCUAAGCCAAUUUAACCAUAUACUUUUUUCAGUUUUACAUCAGUGAAGGAAGGUUUAGCACCUGUAUUUCUAAAGACCACGUGUGUGUUGGAGCAGGAGACAGAGUGGGGAGAAGACUCAAAUCAUCUUGCUUUUAUGGGAACUUUGUGCAAAAGGAUUUCAGGCACACAGUGAUGUUGCUAAUUCAUUCUGAUCUCAGCAGUGUUCUGUUUAUUUAUUUUGUAUUUAUUAGGAGUCUUAGAGGAAAAGAGCAGAGGGAAGGCUUGUCACCCGUCCUAUCCCAUAGGCUCUAGAAUUUAAAACAGAAAAUACCAGUGAGACCUGCAACAAAAUAUUGCAGCAUGUUUCAGUAUGUUUUUGAUUGUGUAUCUGUGUGCACGCGUACACAGAAGCUUCUAAACCUCAGGCUUCACCUGAAUAGGCUGGUUCCUCCCUCUUGUUUUGGCUCCAUUUCUUCAGCACAGUGGCACCGAGUUCACUUUUAGAUGAAGCAAUGCCAUACCAUCUAAAACAAAUAAGUGGAUUGUUGGGAGGAGAGGAAUGCAUGGACUAAUUUCCUUAAGAAAAAAAAAACUUUUCAUUUUGGGGAAAGGCUUUUUUAGCUUUUAAGAUUAAGAAACAAAGAAGGUUUUGGAGAAAAUAUUAACCUGUUCAUCUUGGAGCAAAAUGUUGGGUCCAGUAUGCAUGUGUGUAAUCCACAGACCUUGCUGUGAUGUUUUAUUCUGAUGAGGCACAUUUUGUGCUGUCAUUUCAUUUUUUUUCCAACCUAGAUGCUUUAUCUUUGAAAAUCUUUGUGUGUAUGUGUUGGGUGCAGCAGGAAAGCACGAGUGGUUUCUAUGUCAUCACUGCCAGCUAAUUACUGCCAUUAAACUCAUUCUACAAUGAGAAGCCACAUAUUUCAUAAAUGGAGUGUGCAAUGGAAAGUACAAACUGCUGGUUUCCUAACACUCUUGGCGUACUAGGCAAAUAGUACACAAGGAAGUAAAUUAAAUGCAGGUGCAAGAGAUCAUGAUAAAAUAUUGGCAAAGAAAACUCUGCAUUGUGUGAUCCAAACCAUUUGUAUGCCCAAACCCCACCCAGACUUCAAAAUAUCACAAAGCCUAUAAAGACGUUGAGUUGCUGCAGUAUGUUGUUUUAUAUAUUUUAUGUCACAGAAAAAGAUCAUAGACCUAUUUCCCCCAUUUGCCCUAUUUAUUUGACAACUUAUGUUUUUAUUAUGCUCUAACAGUAUUUGUUAUAAUUUAAAUGUAAUUAUUUUCAAGUACAACUGGCAUUGAUAAUGUUUGUUUCUAUGUCUGUGUCCCUCCAGUGAGUGCAGGACUAUAGCACCCCUCAUUCCUGACCACUGGCCAUACUGGUUGAAGCUGAUGAGAGUCAGAGUCCAACAAUAUAUGAAGGGUUACAGGUCCCCCACCCGUUGUAGAACAAUAUCAACAUAACACCUAUUGAGAAAGCAGCAUAGUGCAUCUCCUUCAUAACCAGCUUCUGAAAUAGCUCUUUAGUCACAACAGAAAAUUAAAAUUCACAACCACAAGUGGAAAACAACCUCUACCUGCAGUUGUUACUAAUGGAAUAUCAGCCAAUUCAGCUCAUAGAUUUGGCUGGCUCCAACUCCCAAACUUUUCUGCAGGGAAAAGCUGCAUUUACUUCAGUAGGCCUUGUGCCAGCUAAGGAAUAGCGAGCAAGAAUAUUAAGGCCCGCCCCCUAAGCCAUUGCCCUAGCUUUAUAUAUGAAGUCUGAUCCUAUGCACGACACUUUCCUUUUUUCAAAACACCCUUCCAUACUGUUCCAUACCUUCCAACAUCUUGAGUCGCAAAACCGGGAUGCUCGUCUUCCUGCUCAUGCUCCCACGUGAGCCAUUUAACCCACAUGAGAUCAUGGAGCCCAAAAGGGCUGCUGUACUCGCAUAUGAUAAAAUAGGAUUUCCUCCCUGCCCCCCAGCAUUUUUUGGGGAAGAGUCUAUCAACCCCUGGAGCAGAUUUGGGAAGUGAGGUCUGCUGAGAGAGACAGCGCGAAACUUGAGUCCUUUAUUUCCAAGUGGUGGAGUAGCUUUGGAAACUGGGAAGAAGAAAAUGUGUCUCUUCCCCCCCCCCCCAAUCCCCUUGCUCCCUUCCUGUAACAUCCUUGUGUAGUGCAAGACAGUGAGAUUUUAAAUCUCAUGGUACUUAUUCCCACAAUCCUCACCCUUACUAGAACCUGUAAGAGGAGUUUGUGCAGGCCAGAUCCAUCUUUCCUUUUCCUCUGAAGACUUGACUGAUAGACUCGCACAACCAGCACAACUUCUGGUUUCCUUAGGUCCCUGUUAACUCUUUAUUUUCGGUGGCUCCAUUUUGCUUACCAACUGCAAUCACCCAGGUGAAAGCUCUGGUAACUGAAAACGGAUGCUUCAAAAUCUCCAGAGAGUUCACAGUCUAUGAAACUGAGGCCUGGAAAAAAUAAAGAAGAGAAAUAAUUGCAGUAUUGUAAUCAGCAGUAGUUCUGUACAAAUAAAGUAUGGAUAAUCCCAGUUAUCUCUGUAUUAGAAAAUCCGCUGGUGCGAGACAUCAGUUUAUCAAGUGAACAUCUUUUUUAUUUUUUUAGUUUAGUUCAAUGAAAUAAAAGAAACAUUUAUGUGUACAUAGGACAUUAUUUAUAUAUCUUCAAAUAUAAUUUUAAUUCCACUUUUCUAAUUUCAUAUUGUAUUAGUGAGUGCUGUCACUUCCUGAUUUAAGGCACAUUGCAGUACAGUAAUAAAAAAAAGAAAGUACACUUGGGUUAGCAGCGCAAGUGCUCAAAAAAGCAAGAACAUUUUGUUUGCAAUGGUGACACCAGUAUUGUUUAGCUACACCAGAGUUUACAAAGUUCGCACUAGCCAGUGUCUGCUUUAGCCGAAUCAUUGUUAGAAGUUUUCUUGCAGUAGUGGUCUAAUUCAUAAAACUAGGUCAUCAGCUAGUGAUCAGCUCUGUAUUCUGCUCUAUUUAGCCAUUAAUUCCAACCAAGGCCUGCCAGUUCUUGGUUCUCUAUCUGUAUAUUUUCCUUCCAGAUGUCUUCAAAGGCACAUGAACUUUGUUUCUCAUAGAAAGACCAAAUUAGAAUCCCCAAAAGGUGGCAUUCCUUCUCAGUUUUCCUGUGGUGUAAUGUUCUUGCUAAAGCACACACGUGAUGAAAGUACAAUAUUCUGAUAUUUUCCCUGAAACAAUUUUGACGACACUAGUGACAUUUUUAUAUUGCCGUUUUUAUCAUGUGCAGCUAUGGCUGGGUGAAUAGUCUAUUGCAUCGUGUCACCUGAUUUUGUUUUGUAAGAAAAACAUCCUUAGCCUAUGAGCCACUGGCUUUCCCUGAAUAGACUAUAGAACCACAAACCUGAUGACCUCUAAGGUGAACUGCUCGGGUUAUUGUUGCUUUCUUGCCAAUAGAGACUGAAAAUGUAUAGGCCGAAAGGCUAAACUGAUACCAGUGGCAGCAGUUGCCCACUAGACGUGCCAGGGCAGCUAGCAAGUCAUGGAGGUGUGCUCAGUGGGGUCAAUGGUGUGUGAUCAAGCUGUCUAGAGUAGCCACUUGCAUAUCCUCCCCAAAGAGAAUAUACAUCAACAAAAAUUAAGAUGAAAGACAACAUUGGUUUGCAUAGAAUUGCAUAUUCUAAUUUGUAUGUCUAGAUUAAAGCUUAUAAAUGAAUACUAUAAUGGUUAAACCAACCACUGAAUUUAAGAGAACACAGGCAAAGGGAUAAUUUAUUUACUGAAGAAUGGAUGUACUGGUGCAACAAGGGUCAAGAUAAUAUGCAACCAUAUGUACUGUUGGAAACAAGUUUAAAGAGCAACUAUUGGUCUUUACAUAUAAUACUUUAUUUGCUUAUUUAUUUUUGCCUGCUUGAGAGUUUGUAUGCUCGUUUAUUAGUUUAUGCUGCAUCUUUACUUUUUUGUUUUGUUUUGCAAAGAAAAUUGAUAAAAUGAAAAUGAAAAAUAAGAGUAGAACACAUUUCCCCAUAGUGGGGAAGACUAUGACCAGGUGAUCUGUCUGUGUCCAGCUGCAAAGAGUCAAUGGGCAACUUCAGGGCCUCGGCCUUCCCUUCUUAUGGUUCUAAAGCUUUUGACUGUGCAUGGAACAGACAGCAUUUUAAAGAGAGGACAGUCUUCUGUAAAGCAGAACACCAGGCCAUCCUAAUAGAGUUCCUCUGUGUAAGCUUCUGGCUGCAUCACCGCUGCAGUAAUUAUGUCAGCAUGGCAGUGUAAUAAGGCAGAUAAUCCCUUUAAAGCAAGAAAACAAGUCAAUUUUGGACAUCAUAAGGAAGCAUCUAAAUAGCAACAGCAAGUACCAGCCAACACUGUACACAGGAAAAUUGUGUCUGAUGUAAAGGAUAGUGGCAGUCAAGAACAUUGGCAAAGACAGCUGGGAGGAGCAUAUGGAGAUUGAGUGAGGAGGGGUUGUAUUAAGAUUUUGAGUGAAAAAUCUCUAAAUGGUAAAAUGGAGACCUUGGGAGACAGUGGUAUGGUUUAGAAGUUGCUUCCCUCAUAGGGGUUUGUUCCCUGCCCUCAUCCUAGAUUACAAAUGGAGGGCAGCAAGAAUGAUGAGGCCUUCCCAUUGUUUGCUAAUAAGAGUAAUCUCUUUUUCUUGGCACUUAUAUUGUCACCAUCUAUUGCUUCACAGGCUACUCUCCUAAUAAAUAUCCACAGUGUAUGUGUGCUGGCUUGCACACACAAACACACUUAUAGUUAGAAUCACCUUAUUAAAAUAUCCAUCACCCCAAGCUCUGAAUCCACCAUGUACAUAUUCCCCCGCUGAAAUAGCCCUUUCAUUUAUCCAAAUUGUUAGGAUGUUGAGUUUGAGCUGCAUUCAGUGGACAAUUAAAUUGACUUGGGUUUGACCGUAAGAACCAGCAACACUGGUUUCUAAAAACAGAAACAUUCUCAAAGUGAAAUGGUUUCAGUUUUUAUUUAUGGCUUGUGCUGAAUAGGAUGUUAAGUGGGCUUUCAAAUAUGGUUAAACCAUAUUUCAUGCAUAAGCAGUUUCAGUUCCAAUCUUUUGAUUUCCUUUGUCUCUUGAGAGAGAGAAAGAAGCAUCACUCUCAGAUAAUAGCACAGAACCCGUUGUUCUCCACCGCUUUUUCGUGGCUUGUUAUUUAACAAAGCUAGUGUCAGGCGCAUUUAAGUUGGCAAGCCUUAAUAGCUGUCAACCACAGCAGAUGCAGGUGAGAUGCUGAAAUGAAUAAGCUGCCUAUGGUGAAUUAUUAUGUAGUUACUGUUUCAGUGUCUUUUUGCCACUCACCUGAAACACUUACUGGGGGUGGGGAGGAAACCAUAUAUUCAUACGUUGUUCAGAGAAAAAAAACCCCCACCCUAUUCUAAUAAUUGUUCUGUUUUCUCUUUGCCAUAACUGGAUCAAUGGAUAAAACAGAAGUCAGAAGUUACAGAGCAAGGAUCACUGUAUGAGUAUGCAGUCUUCUAUUCACAAGUUGCUUUGAAUCCGGUGCAUAAUAGUAAAUGUUGAAUCGUGGGUAGACAUAGCAGACGACACAGCGAUUUCUCCAAAGCAGCUCUUUAUUUGUAAGCUGGAACAGAACUGAACAGCAAACAGCUCAGCCGGCCUGCUUUUAUAGGCAGCCGGCUGUCAACAUUGUAGCAACAACAACCCAGGGUUUCCCACCUAAAAUAACUGACGUGGACCUGAGUGAAAACUGCAUACACAAUACUCCUGGUGGCCAGGGUGAGGACUUCAAUACAUAACAGUAAAGACAAUAUGUUUAUGUCAAAUAUCUUUUCGUUUAACAGGAGAAGAGGAUUUCUACCCCCAAAAAGGGAGAGGUUGCUGAGGCUUACAAACCGAAGCAUGUACCUGGUUCAAAAGACACUUAGGCUUCUUCCGCUAAGCCCAUCGGCCCAUCCUUGGUUUUUUUUAUUCUAUGGAAAGAGGAUCUAGUGAUGGAGCUGACAGCACAAUCCUAUACCCACGGACUGUUUACCCUAAUCACCUCUGUCUUAGUCAAAAUUGCCACCAGAAAUUGUUUGUGUGAAACGUAAAGCACAUACUCAUACACCUGUCAGUGCCUCCAGAUAUUCAAAAUAUUCAUAUUUAUUUAUUUAAUAUUUUUAAUAUCAAAUAAUAGAAUUGUAGAGUUGGAAGGUACCCCUGAGCAUAAUCUAGUCCACCCCCCUGCAAUGCAAGAAUCUCUACUAGGUCAUACAUAACAGGUAUGCUAACCUCUGCUUAGAAACCUCCAAGUCAGAUUGGUUGUUUGCCAGACCAUCCUAUGUCAGGGGACCAGAAGUUAGGAGAGGAACCUCCACAUACAACAGUUUAGCACAACUGUAAUAAGGCUAAACAUGGUUCUUUUGCAGUUUUUCUUCUACUAGAUCCUGAAAGAUCUGCAUUGUGCUUCCUUUAUAUUUUAGGACCAAGUUGCCUCAUGCCCUUUUGUCAGAUAUAGUCUCUAAGUGUGUGGAUUUAGCAAUAUGGUCUCUCGGCUGCUUUGCUUUACUCCAGCCUUCCCCAGCCUUGGGUCUCUGGAACCCAAAGCUGGCUGGGGAUGAUGGGGAAGUUAAACAGAAUUCAUAUGGUAGAGUGGUCAACAGGUAACUUUGCAGAGGGGGAAAGGAGUAAAAAAACCGAGGGCUGCUUGAUUUGCCUCUUUUAAAAGAUUUAUAGUUGCUCAUGCAAAAAUAAAGUUGAAAGAGACAGGUAUCCUGUAUCCUUUUGUAUGGACUCACCAAAGCUUUUUGUAUUGUAAAACGUGAUGUCUGAACCCUGAGGGUCAUGGCAGCGUGCCAGUAAAAUUAGCUUCUAUUUCUGUUUCUUUUGUCUGGUGACCUGACCUGAGAAUGCUCUGUUGGCUGCAGUGAAUAUGGUGGGAAAAUAAGUGACAUCUAAACAUAGCUGUAAUUGCUAAAUGUGUAUUUCUUGCUUUGCAUUGUGAUCAUUAAAGUGAGGGGGGAAACAGAACUGAUAGCUACAUCCAAAAACAGAUCUCAGCAUUUUGAUGGAUGGGUAGCGCGGGCAUCCAUCUGUAAAUGCUGGUUGAAGAAGACAACAAGGGGUGGGCAUGCAGUUCAGGACAUCCAUCUGUGUGGGGUCUUAAAUAUGAAACUUUUGACUUUAAACAUUAUUAUAUUACUGGAACCAUUUUAUUAUUUUAGUCAUUGUUGGUGGAGCUGUAUUACCCUAGCGGCGUAUUAUGAUGAAUAGCCUGUUUGUUUUUCCAGAUUUAGCCUUACUUGUCUUCAUCAUUUUGGGCAUAAUCUCAUUAAAAUUUUACAGUGAUUGUUACGUAUUCAAUACAUGUUUCUGUUUACAAAUCCAAGUUAUAAAAUUAUGAUUAUCUUUGUGAUAGAUGGUCUUGCUUGCUUCCUUGUGGCAGAAUCAUGUAUCUAUUGUUUAAAACUUUUAUGCAGCAUUUCCUUUAGUCUUGCUUGCUUCCUUCCUUGCAAAUAAGUUUAUCCAUACACACACCUAAUAACUAGCAUAUGUUGAUCUCCGACCUAAGUGUUUUGGACUUGCAGUGCCCUUUCAGUUUAAAAAAACAGCUCAGUUCUUCCUCAUUGUUGCCAUUGAGUCCAGUGUGUAUUCAAAAUGACUUAACUGCUUGUCCUUUUAUUCAUGUUUGCAUGGAAACAAAAUAUAAUUGUGUUUGUUUCCUAUGAGGAAAUAGAACAAAAUGCAGCACCAAAACGCUGCUAGAUAACUCAGCGGCCAGCCUAGAUCUUCAAACUGCUGCAGACCUGCUCAAAGAGCAGCAGCUGUGCCUGGAUGAAAGUGGGUCUUAAUGAAAAGAUGGCAUUCUUAGCCAUGGAGAACAUUAUGUCUGUACUGCUACUGUUCAUCACAGAACAAAGAUCUGACAUCAAUUUAUAUAGGCUGAGCAACUUCAAUGUUUAAUACUGUGCCUGUCUUGAUUUUUGACCCUCCUUAAACUCUUGCAUUCACAUUAAACCUUUAUGUUUAAGUUUUUUUAAAAACACACUGCUGCUUGUUUUUCAAUAUUUUCUGCUGAUGCUGUUCCUUAGAUAACUAGCUUGUUUGUCCUUCCAUCCUUAAUCAAUUAGUACUUGUCAAGCCAAAUUCUAACAAUUAACUAGUUUAUAGUGAAGCGUCCCAUGAGAUAUAUUGUUUUUGUUUUUUUUUAAAAAAAAUAUGGCAGGUGAACCAUAUUGCUAAUUGGUACUAAUGAAUGUAUAUCAUUUUAUCAUUUCCAAAUUAGAAAAUGACAGAUGGAGAGAUCUCAGUAGGAAAUGUCCCCUUCAGAUCGAUCAGCCAAGCACCAGCAUUUGGGACUGCCUGCCUGACAAAAGCGAAGAAAACGCCAUAUGGCAGAGAGAGGCAGCUAGCACAUGCGCAGUGACCAACUUGAUCAAAGACCUCAGCCUCAGUGACCGCAAUGGCAAUCCCUCAGCACCUCCCAGCAAACGCCAGUGUAGGUCGCUCUCUUUUUCUGAUGAGAUGUCUAGCUGUAGGGCUUCAUGGAGGCCUAUAGGAUCAAAGGUCUGGACUCCUGUAGAAAAGAGACGGUGUUACAGUGGCGGAAGUGUCCAGCGCUAUUCCAAUGGAUUCACCACCAUGCAGAGAAGUUCAAGCUUUAGCCUUCCUUCCAGGUCAAACACUCUUUCCUCAUCCUACGACCAGUCUGCAUUUAGCAACAGAUUAGGAUGUCAGCCAUGCCAAGGAAUGAGAAGGUCAGCCACUUAUGGGCAGGCGAGUGAUAUCUGGGGCAGCGACCACGGUUCUGUAGAAGGUGGCAGGAUUGACAUCCAGCGGUCUCUCUCCUGCUCCCAUGAUCAGAUUUCUUUUUCGGAAUAUUGCCUGCCCUCAGCCAGCAGCACACCUGCCUCAACCCCAGAGCUGACAAGGCGCUCCAAUGGGCUUUCCCGAAGCCGGUCCCAGCCAUGUGUCCUUAACGACAAGAAAGUUGGAAUUAAACGACGGCGGCCUGAAGAAGUAAAGGAACAAAGACCUUCACUGGAUCUUGCCAAGAUGACCCAGGUAAGAGUUAAUUAUAUUGUAUGGUUAGGCCAAACAUUUACAAAACACAUAAAGUAUGUAUUUACAUUAUAGACAGUGUGCAACACACUGAUGUGGUAAUACUGUGUAAUUAACAAAAGCGGAAAGCUGGUUGAAUUCCACCCCCCUCCCAAAAAACCUGGUUCAAUUGUGUGUUUUGUUUUGCUUGCUUGGAGUAGAGGUAAUUGUUUCCUUUUAUUAGUAGGAGACUGAUUGUUUUUCUAAUGGAUUUGAUAUUUAGCAUCAUAACCACUAGCCUUCCAGGCCCUAAUAUGAAAGGUUUUUCUUCUGAAAAUUUAUUUAUAUUCAUAAUCUGUAACUCACUGGUCUUCAACUGGUGGAUCAUGGCCUGAGCCAAGGGGGGCGGGUUGGGUCACAACAGGAUCAUGACCACCAUGCACUUAUAUGGCAAAGGAUUAAGAAAUAGAUCCCCAAAUACAAGUUUGGGUUAAAAGUGAGCUCUGGGUCUGAAAAAGUUGACGGCUGUUGCAUAACUUAGUCGCUUUAGAUAGCUUAGCCUUAUUUGAAUGAAAUGGUGUUUCCUAUAGAUAGGCAGCAUAAGUUUCAGCAAGCAAUGGUUUGGUUUUUAAUGAAAACAAACUUAUUAUCAGAAAUUGCAGAAGAGGUGCUUUCAAGCACAUGCUGUGGGAAGCCAAGGAAAACCUCAAGGGUACUUAGUGUUUGUUUUAUUUCUGGAUGAAUUCUCAAAACUGGGGACUUUGCUCUCUAUGAGUAUUGACUUCAAGCAGUCUUGUCUUCUGUAAUUUUCCACUUCUUUAUUACGUUUCAUUUUCAGUUGCGAAACAGAGGUCAAAAAUUUCCCCUUUAGUCAGGAAUCCAAAGUGUGAGCAGACAAGAGAUCUGAAGUGCACAUCAGGGAGGAUGUUGCUUCCAUAAAUUCUUAACUUUCGGAAUCCAUUUGUGAGAUAAGUGGCCUUUAAAAUUGUGUGGUACAUAACUAAGCUACAAGAACCCUUCGAAGCACAGGACUCCAAACCAGCUUCAUCUUAUUACUUAAUAAUCAAGGGUUUUCUUUUAAUGAUUCAGCAUUCCUUUUGUCUGUAAUUUAUAGGCAUACACUUGUUGAUAAAAUAAAGAUACCCUUGUGUAGAACAGAGAUAAACUAGGGUUUAUAGAUCUGAUACCUUCCCCCACCCUCCAGCAGCAGUGCAUUAACUCUGCUUUAUUGGCAUAAUUCCUCUUUUACUUUAUUGAUUUCUGCAAGCCAAAAAAAAGCUCCCCCCAUCGUUCACUUUUCACUAUCUGUACUACUCUCAACAUUGUUGUAUGCACUUAAAACAGCUGUUGCACUGCCAUGAAAAUAUGAUCCUUUCCCAUUGUUUGUAUUGCUUUGGAUUACAGUGACACUUCCUUAAAAAAUGGUGCCAGAUCAUCCAUUUUAAUUGUAUGCUGCCUUUCCAUAGUCAAUAUGGCUCAAGAUGAAAUGUGCUGCAUGUGCUAUUUUUGUUAGCUAUUUUUGUUAACAGUGACUCUCCCAGGCAGGUACAGCUGAUUAGAAAGCUGCAGUUGUCCUCUAUUUCCCCUUAUCCAACACAAUGACUUUUGACAGUGGAAACUCAUUUAUUUUCGUUUUAUAAGACCGUGAUGCUUUGCAAUACUUUUAUGACUCUAUGGGUGAUUGAAUAAGUUCGUUUUCUUUUGUGUUUAUGGGAAUGCUUUUUCCUUCUCUAGAGAAGUUUGAAAGAUAAAAAGGGUAAGAAAAUAACAUGCCUGGGUGAUUUCAGGGGGGAAACGUACUACAUUAUACUGCUUGCAAGUCCCCCUUUGAAAAUGUGUGUCAGUGAAAUUUAAUAUGCUAAGCUGCUUUAUUAGCUAAUAAACUGGAUAGGUAGUAAAAACAACCUUAUUAUUUUUUACGAGUCCCAAGUUGAAAUCACACAGCUAGCAUCACUGAAGGCCUUUUCAUUUUCUUGUACUUGUGGAAACAGUUUAAAUUAUAUAGUCAUUCAUGUUUGUACCCAGGUAUAUAUAGGUUGUUUCAUUUGCUCCAGGCUGGUAUCCAAGGAAGUGGUAGAGGCUGGAAGCAGGAGGUGUAAAAGGGACCUCUGAAUGAAACAAACCUAUGUGGUUGGCUUAGUUUUUCAUCUGCAGGGCUCCAGGUACAUCAGGCAUACAUUAAAGCAGUACAUUGGAGGCUUAUAAUUGCUGUAGCAUUGUAAGCAGCUCUGGAAUAGAGUUAAGUGUCCAUGAUUCUGCAACCAUGUGUCCUCUUAAAAUUGUGAUAGGAAAAUUUGUGGCAGAAAGUUAUGUGUUUACCAGGAAAAGUGAUGGCAAGAGAGCAGUAAAAUGGAACUAGUGUCACCUUUACCACCAUGUAGAUUACCAUGGUUAUGAGUUGGAUCCUGACAAAGGGUACUUUUGGAUGGGUGUUUAUUGUGGGGUCAAUGCUGCUCAUGGACUGCUCAGUACCACACAAAACCCAAAGGGUAAAUUUAGUAUGGAUUUGCCCUUUCAACAUAAAAUCCAUUUUUAAAAAAAGUUUCAUGCCAGUGACCUGUUUAUGAUAGCUGAUUGACCCAUCUGCAGUAUUCACUCCCAGUAUGGAAGCACCUAAAGUUAGUUGAACUUGGGCCUCAGUAGAAUAUGACUCAAGUUCCCUCGCUGAGUGGAGGCUGGUCCAUUCAUGAGGCACUGUCCCAUCAACCUUCAUUAAAUUUUACUGUUUUGCUUUGCCAACCUUCAUAUGCACACUAUAAUUCAGCAGCUGUGCGCCAGUUCACACAUCAUACUUUUAAUGAGGGCCAAGAUGCUGGAAUCUUGGAACCCAAGUUUGGGGCAAGUGGCAGAACCUCAGCAGAGAUUAACAUCACAAAACAUGCUGCAAACAAAAGUGUGGAAAAACCUUUAAAAUGUGCCCUUCCAGUGAGUCCCCAAAAUGUUCACUUUUGAAAGCUCUUUCCAAGCUAUCCCACUUCCCUGGCAUAGAGAUAGACCACAUGUUUGGUAAGGCAUAAAAUGGUUUACUUACAAAACUCUUCAAAGUUCAGAUUCAUGUGCUUUUCCAUACAGCAGUCAGAAAAGAUGCACAGGAAGUCAAAACGUUGCUUAGUUACAAAAGGUAAAAGUUUUGGAGUAGAAAAAACGUUAGUUUCAGACUCAAUUCUUAGCUGAAACAAACAAGUCUGGUUAAAGCCAUGUGGCUGGAGUGACCAGCUCAGAGCUCCUUGAACAUACUGAAGAACAUACUUGGAGAAAGAGAGAGAGAUAGAUUAUAAAGGCUUUCUGAUCUAUUUCUUCUCAAGGUGGGAAGUGAUAACAUAGGCUAAGCCUGGCAGGACUGCUUACUCUAUGGUUUAACAUUUUCAUGCACCAGUUAGAUACAAACAUAUGAGGCUGGGACCCUACACAAAGUAGGUAAGAUGUAGGAGGGGUAUAUGAGCAGCCUCUUGAUACGUUCUGUGUUUACUGAAAUCCUGUCUGUAGGGGACUGUGAACUUGAAUGGAGCAGUGUGUUUGUUUGUGUGUGUUCCUUUUCCUAGAGGCCAAUUGUUCUUAUCAAAAUUGUAAGAGAAAAUAUUUGAAGGGCCUCCUAUCUUCUGCCAUGCAGGCAGAAAGCAGCUUGGAAGGGAAGAGAUUUUGAUUUGAAAAACAACCUGUAGGGAAAGAGUUAAGUAUUCCCCGCACCAUUCCAAUCAAACCCACAGGCUCCUACAGCUGCAUUGAAGCAAAAAACAAAAAUGUCAGUAGACAUCCCAUGCAUCUCCCACCUCUUUGGGCCUGAGUAACCCCAUGUAAGCUAACUUCCUCUGCCUGGGAUGUUGAAGAAAAGAGAAACACACUCCUGUUUGGAAGAUAAUUUGUGCAAUUACUUUUAAGUUGCAGUCUUUGUUGUAAUUAUAGUAUUGUGCUUUAAGCUAAAAGCCCUUGCUUUCUGCAUCUAGAUAUUCCCCAAAUUACUUCUUCCCCUAUUAAUUUUAGUGCUUUGCUGAUCUGAAUCCAAAAUACUUAGCUAUUCCCACAUUUUUCCUGGCAAUUGUCAGGCAGGAAGAACAGAGCUCAGCCCCAUGCUAACAAUUGGGUACAUAUAACAGCCAUAUUAUAAGUACUGUUUUCACACUCUAAACAUACUUGGCGUUUGAAUGUGCCCCCAAGCAGUGAUGGUGCACUAUAUCUGACAGUGACGAAGAACAGCACAAUAUGUUCCUCUGUACAGCAAGGUUCCUGCUGUGCAAGACAAUACAAAAUCUUUUCUACUGCAUCUUUGUAAGUGAACAGCCCCUCUUGUGUGGGUCCUUGUGAGAUCUAACCAUCUGCAUGGAGGAACUAAAUAAAUUAGUCCCAAAUGGUGGAUCAGAGUCCUAAGAAGCCCAACAUGAUUGAAUACUACAAGGAGGCUUUCAGGCAAAACAGAUUUCUGAGUCAUUGUAAUUAUGAUCAGGCUUUUUCAUUAGAUGAAGCUGCUUUUAAUGAAAUGCGAAGAAUCAGUCACCUUCUUCUAAUUUGUACUAAAAGCUAUUUUGAUCAUGGUUUUUCCAUGCACUGCCUUCCCUUAAAUCCACCUUAGGCAGGACCAGGGGACAUUUUUCAUCCAAGGAUGGGCAAAAACCAAUUAGGAUUUAAAAGACAAAACAAAAAAAAAAAACCCUCAACCAAACAACAACAAACCCAAAAACUGUGUUAUGGUUGAGAUGUGAAUAGUUUGGAGAGAAGGGACUAGGAAACAGUUUUCCUUUUCACAUACAGUGGUACCUCGGGUUACAUACGCUUCAGGUUACAGGCUCCGCUAACCCAGAAAUAGUACCUCAGGUUAAGAACUUUGCUUCAGGAUGAGAACAGAAAUUGUGCUCCAGUGGUGCGGCGGCAGCGGGAGGCCUCAUUAGCUAAAGUGGUGCUUCAGGUUAAGAACAGUUUCAGGUUAAGAAUGGACCUCCGGAACGAAUUAAGUAUUUAACCCGAGGUACAACUGUACACGCUAAAGGUAAAUGACUUCUGAUUAAUGUGUCUCACAGCAACAUUAUUCUUUCCGUACUGUACAGUCAUCGCCACAGAAAGUAGCAAUUGCUGUAAGCUCAGCUCAAAUUGGAGAGCCAAUGUGGUUUCCUGACAAAUCAGGAAGUCCCCAGUUAAAAUCUCACUUGACAGCCUUUUGGACAAGCCACAGUGUCUCAUCCAAGGCAACCACCCCCCAUCUGCAACAUAGAGAUGAUAAUAACGCUUACCAUACAGGGGUGGUGCAAGGAGAACAAAAAAAAAAAAAAAGGUAAUGUGUGUGAUUUUCUUUGAAAUUCAGUGCUAUGCAAUUGCUAAGCUUUAUUAAAUGUAGGGAAUCAUAAUUGUCGGGUUAGUGCAUCCUCAUGGUUGACUUAAGCACUCAACUUUGGGAAGCUUCUCAAAAGAGUUAGCCCUCCUGUACUAUUAUAUGCUUCAGGCACCUUGGUCUCUCCAAUAAUGAAGGCUGUUUGGACUACCGUUUUGAGCCUAUAAGGUCUGUUCUUAUGUUUAGUUCAAUGUGACUGUAUUUGUAGCAUGCAUCCCAAACAUGAUCCAUCCUGCCCUUUAAUAGAGCAGUUCAUCCCAUAGCAUAGUAAUUUUUAUUUUUCAUGUUGUGCCCCGACAGUAACAAGCAUGGCUGCUGCUGUGCAGAGCUGCAUUAUCACACAAGGACUUUAGAAACAAGUUUACAUAAUGAAAGAUCACACACCAUUGAACUGGGAUUUUUACAAGCAUUCUGGUAGCAGCACAAUGAAGCCUUUUACAAUUACUGGUGAAAAGUAGAAUUUUGCCUAAGGCCGCGGACUAAUUUAGGAGACUGGAGCUCUUGUUCUCAAGUCUUCCUUAGAUUUUUCUCAAUGGCCAGAGGCAAAUUGCUCAGCGCCCCCCCCUCAAAGGAUUGCUGUGAGCCUGAGCCUAUUGUUGUUUGUAAGGAUCAGCAAGGUUACUAGAAAGUGCACUCUGUAUAAAAUAAAGCAAACAAAUUAUUACAGGAAAUUCUUGAUGGUUUUUUUUUUUUUUUAAAGGAUCCCAGCAUUUAAAGCGGGAGACACACAAGGAGUGACCAUACUGUAUGAUAAUGUGCAUUCAGUGUUGGAUGCAGGUGCCUUUUGGGGGAUGCUGUGUGCAUGACGUCGUCUCUGUACCACAGUCUAAAGUAGAAUGGAUGUAAUCUGUGCCGAAAAUGCACUUCUCAAGUGCUUCUUGUGUACUUGUGUUUACAGAGUGCUUUCUCAGGUCACCUCCUUUUGGGGCAGACCUACUCAUGUUGCAGGGCUGUGCCUCUCCCUUCACUAUGUUUAACUUGUCUAUGAAUGAAUUUGGUAAAAUAGGAAGCAGUAAAGUAAUUUAGCUGUCUGUCUGUCCGUCUCUUUCUCUCUCUAUAUAUCCUCUGUAUAUCAAUACAACAGUUUCCACUCUCUUUGAAAAGAUUGUGAAAAACCUUUCCCCCGCUUUUUUAAAAAAGAAAGGUCUGUUGAAACUCUAAUUGAGGGGAGAGGAAUAGAGAACACACACUAGUUCUCACACUAGUUUGAAAACAUGACCACCUGUGUGUACAGAAGACACUGAUGAUAUUUAUUUCACAAGAUUUAUAUACCACUUUAUUGUAAAAGAACCUCAAAGUUGUUUAGAAAAAGAAUAAAACAAUAAAGUUAUUAGUCAAAAGUUUAAAAACAACUAUUAAAAACAUUAAAAAUAAUAUUUUAAAAACUGUUGUUGGCCUCCGUCUGUCUUGAGAGACAGUGGAAUGUACUUCUAGGAACGAAGUCAAACCACUAGAGAAUCACAGCGCCUGCUGUGGUUGCAGAGGCUGGUGACUUGUAAUUGUGCCUCCCAUGUUGUUCGUGCUGCAUUAGCAGCACCAAAGCGAAAUCUCUGGGGCACAAGCUGGUCCUGCAGUAGUGUCCACAUGGAUACUGAAACGGAGUGAACCUCUAAAUGCAGUUACACAUGUGCAAGAUUUCCCUGCAUAUUGAGUAACUUGGCUAACCCUACUGAAAUAGGUUUGGGUUCUAGCCAUCGAUGAUGAGGGAGCUGAGAUUUUUCUUUAUUUCUUGUUUGUCGCUUAACACUGAUAUGUUUUGAAGUGAGUAGGAAGAUCAGAAGGUGUAAUAGUUACUGAGCAGAGGUAUCUUUCUGUCCUCUUCUGUGCCUUUUAAUCUGCCAUGCUGCUGGCUGCCAGCGCUGUUAUCUCUACCCUGAUCUGUUUUUUCAUAAUGUCUUGGCCAUUGCAAGCUCUGCAGGUUUGAUCUCAUGUUAACACAAUAAUGGAUUUAUCUUUGAAAAUGCCAACAAGGUAAUUCUGCUGAUACUAUCUGCAGUUUUGAGCAGUUUAAUUGCAGAUAAUUUUUAAUGGCUGACUCAUAAGAGAGAAAAUGAAGUUUGGUGGUAGAGGCAGAUGAAAAGCUGUUCUCCGACAUAAAAUUCCCACCAUCAGCACCAGCAUCUAUCUUACUUCCUUGUUCCCCCCCUAAAAUUAAUCACUUCCAUUAAUUUUUCUGAAUUGUAGACACACAAUGAUUUCUCACACAUCUUUACUCAGAAGUAAGUGUGCUUAGGUUUGCAGCCUUCAUGCUGAGAUGACUAACAGGCACAUACCCACAAGUGAUAUAUAGGAUUCAUCCUCCAACUGAAUUUACGGCCUGGGAUUCUCGAAACACAGGACUGAGUCCUAGCUUUGACAGCAAGUUAUUUCGGGAAUGUUUUCAAGACGCCACCUUUACCCCCAUGAUAAAUUGGUAAAAAAAGCACAUUGUUCCAAUGAUGUAGUCCUUGUAUUCAGAUUACCUAGUCUAGGUCAGUGUUGUACUACAAAUUCAAAAUGGGUUUGACUUCCUCCUUUCCCUUCCUUAGAAGUCUUGAAAGAUACAUGAGGGUGUUGUAAAACCUUUCCAGCAUCUUUAAAUAAAAGCCCACAAGUCCAAGGGUUUCAUGAAUGCACUGAUACUAGUAGCAUGCUACAGCCCUUUCCCUGUUGUUCUGUAAAUCCAUGCGUACAUAGCACAUGAAUACCUAGGAUGGAAAUAUUUUGCUGAUUGUGAGAAGACUUCAAAAGUUAGGGCAAAAGAGUCAUAAUUACGGUAAAAUAGCAUUGGAACUCUUUCUCAUGUGUUGCUCUUGCAACGUGUGUUGCUGCUGCAGUCACUACUUAACUAACUCCAUGUUGCAUCAUUAAUGCCUUAAUGUCUAAUCGAGUAAAUCCUUUCCAAUUCAGCAUUACCAGGCUAGAUAGAGUGCUGAUGGGAAAUGCCUAUGAUGUAAUCUGAGCUACCCAUGUGAUCAGAAUAUUUAUACUUUACCACCACAAAUCUGCUUCCCUGGGGCUGGCAAUGACUCCUAUAUUAAAUGGGUAAUCAUGUCACAAAAUGGACCUAUAAAACCAGGUCUAAUUUGAAGUUUUCAGUGUACUUGGUAGAAACCUGAACCAGGACUUCAGAAGAACAAAAUUUUUAAAAGAAAGACAGAUUUAGCAAGAAUAAAUGUAUUGAUCUUUAAAUCGCCUUUGUUGUUUUUAUUAAUUAACACGACUAAUUAACCACCCCUUUGAUUGUGAUUCAUAGCAAGUUUUAGAGUGACUCUUCAACGGAAUAUAGUGAGCUUCUGUUGGAACUGGUUUAUGUGUUACUUUUCCAAAAUCAAAUCUGGGAUCUGCUCCCAGCUAGGAAUUUGGGGCUACAUCUAUAAUGUGCCUCCCCAGUGGCAGGUCUUGGCAGAGGUUUGUGUGGGGUAUGUGUGCAGUUUCAAGGAAGGUAUACUAAUUGUGCAGGACCUUUGAGUCAUAGUUAUUGUUUUGGCUGUUCUGUCUGCUGAUUUUGCUAGACCCUUUCAUUUCAUUUUUUCAAUUUUUUUACAUUAGCAGCAAUCAGCAUAGAACCUGACACAACUCUCAUGUGGUUUGUGGUAUCACACACAGUGGCGGAGCUUCAUGCUCUGGCACUGGAGGGGGGGGAUAGCAGGCGGGGGUGGGGCUGGUGCGUGUCCUGGGAGCGUGGCACGCCGCCUGUGGGGGUGUGGUGCCCAGCACGGGUGAAGGGGGCAGCCGCGAUGGCACCCCACCGGGAUCACACUGCCAGGGGUGGUGUGCUCCCCCCGCACUCCUCUUCCUCCGCCAGUGGUCACACAUGCUGAAUUAGCACACCUAAGACCAGUAGAACAAGGAGGGGAACAUAGUAUAUGUUAAACAUGUAUGCUUAUAUGUUGUGUGGCACAAAACAGCUUCUGGAGAAGUUUUAAAGAUAUUUGUUUAUUUAAAGACAUUUGUUAUACCAUUUAUUUUACAACUAUCCAAAGCAGUUUACAACUUUAAAAAAACCCACUACAACCAAUAAAAGAAUUAAAGCUAUACAGCAUUUAUUUUUUAAAAAACUAAAGUAAUGGAUGGUGCUCGACUAAUUGUUACUCAGAGUAGACCCAUUGAAAUUAAUUAACAUGGCUAGGUUAGGUACAUUCAUUUCAAUAGGUCUACUUUGAGUAAAAUGUAAUUGAAUACCACCCAGUAUCCAAAGUCCUUAUAUCAUGUGCCAGACCAAUAUUGGGGAAGAGCUGAGUGCAGAAAUAAGUCUUCAGCGUAGGCUGAAAACCGAAUAUGGCUGGUGCAUGCCUAAUUUCUGAGGGGAGGCUGCUCCACAAGGCAGAUGCCACCACUGUGGAAGCUCUCUUCCAUUCACCAGUCUAGCUCUAUUGUGCAUACAUAUAUCAACCGUUCUUCCUCCUCUCUUCAGAAGACUGAUAUGGCUUGUGGAUGCAUAGUAGAGUUUCAUGCAUAUGUGUUCGAGAUUUGCUUGGGCGUUAAAACCUGGGGCCUGUACAUUUCACUCCAGAAACAACAAGGUAGACGCCAACUCUCCUGAAAGCCUCUGUUGAGAAAAGGCCUUCGUACCCCAAGGCUCGUCCCUGUGUAGAUAACUAAUUCAGACAUAUCCAUUUUGACAUGGAUGUGUGCAAGGGCUCCCUUUGAAAAGCUGUCCCGUGAGCGCCAAACAUUAUAUAACGGGCCUUUAAUGCCAUCACUGCUUUUGAAAGGAAUUUUGUCAGGAGCUGCUUGAGGGUGAAUGGUGCAAGUAUCUGCAGCGCCUGUAGGGACGUCCUCCCCUGCUUGCCCCCUACAGAGAGAGAAAAAGGGAGGCUGCCAUGCCCUUUGAAAACUGAAAAGCUUUCGGUUUAAAAAUAUGUGUGUGAGAAACCCUGUACCCAGGCAAGUUUAGGUAUUCAGAGCCUCCAGCAUAUAUAACACUUCACUUUGGCAUUUGAGGAACUGUAUGUGGGGUUUUUGUGUUUGUUUCUUUUUGUUUGGGCAGCAGCAGUGGUACAGCUGCUCAUGGAGCUUCCUCCCCCUCCUUCUUCCCCCUGUUUUUUAGCACCAUUUUAAUCCCUGACAUCAAUCAAGCCACAACACUUAAAGGGGGCACAAAAGCUCAAUUUGUUCUAGUAUUGCCCUUGACAUGCUUUUCUCUCAUUGGGGAGGCGGGAGGACAGAAUUGUAAUGUAAUAUAAUAGAAUUGCAUUAACUUCUUCUAGCGAUAGAGGGAAGGAGGAAGGUGAACAGUGGUGCUGAGCUUUUGAAGAGAGCUGCUCAGUAUGUAAAAGCAACUUAAUUUGGCGGUCUCCACCAUGUUAGCUGCUCGCUCAGAUGAAUCAUUAAAAAUUUCGGGCCCUGCAUCAGAUCUCUAUAAUAUGCUCUGGGUGCCCAGACUCCAUUGUCACUGCUGGCCCUAGGGAUGUCCAAAGCUCUCUUAACAAACAGGUUAAUAUCAGAUAAAGGGUAGGGAGUAAUCAGGUUGUUACGCUGAGUUGUCAGAUCGGAGAGCAAGGCAAUGCUCUCCAUGUAUCAGGCAAUGCAGAGGUAGGUACUAAGGGUUAGGCUAUAAGACAAAAGCAUGAAAGGAGAGAAGCAAUACAGUGGUACCUCAGGUUACAUACGCUUCAGGUUACAUACACUUCAGGUUACAGACCCCGCUAACCCAGAAAUAUUACCUCGGGUUAAGAACUUUGCUUCAGGAUGAGAACAGAGAUCGUGCUCCAGCGGCGCGGCAGCAGCGGGAGGCUCCAUUAGCUAAAGUGGUGCUUCAGGUUAAGAACAGUUUCAGGUUAAGAACGGACCUCCGGAACAAAUUAAGUUAUUAACCUGAGGUACCACUGUGCAUUUCAAGCAUAAAGCAACAAAUGCAGUAUGUGUGUGUGUACAGCUUGUGUUUCCCUGUAGAAUUUAUUUAUAACUGUGUCAAGCCAACUCAACUGACUCCGGAAUCCAGUUUGGCUUGGGCCUUGACUGAAUCCAGUGCACAGACCUAAUGACUAGUACCAUGCAAUCAGUGCUGGAGUCGGAUUAUGAGGGACCUCUAAAUUAAAAGAAAGAAAGAAAGAAAGAAAGAAAGAAAGAAAGAAAGAAAGAAAGAAAGAAAAUAAUGGAAGUAAAUUGCAUAUCAUGUGCAGAGCACAUACAGUGCGGGUUGCAGUCUAUCUUCUGUUUAGUAAGUGCUAAACUGUGUAUGUAAUACCUCUUUUGUUGCUGUACUGGGAGCCAGUGUGAUGUAGUGGUUUAGAGCGAUAGACUCAUAAUCUGGUGAACCGGGUUCGCAUCUCCGCUCCUCCACAUGCAGCUGCAGGGUGACCUUGGGCCAGUCAUACUUCUUUGAAGUCUCUCAGCCUCACUCACCUCACAGAGUGUUUGUUGUGGGGGAGGAAGGGAAAGGAGAAUGUUAGCCGUUUUGAGACUCCUUAGGAUAGUGAUAAAGCGGGAUAUCAAAUCCAAACUCCUCCUCCUCCUCCUCCUCUUCUUCUACAUACAUGCAUGCAUACAUACAUACAUAUUUUUUCAUAUAUUCUAAGUAAGAUGUCAUAAGGUAUUUAAAGGUAUUUUAUAUGCAGAUAGGCUUAUUGCAAGAUUUAUGUUUGUGCUCAAUUGUUAAUUUUUAAAUGCAUCCUCCCCUGGUAUAUAUACAAAUAUAAAUGCUUGUUAUUUCUAUUUUCAUUGGUUUGGCCUCUUAAACGUGGCUUAGUUUAGGCCCUUAGCAUAUCUCAAUUUGGCCCUGCAUACAGUUUAAUGCUGGGCACAAGAGCCUCAUCAAUGGCACCACUGUUGAUAAUGUAAUUAGGGUGGUGGUUCAGAGACAUGGAACCUAGUUCUUUCAACCUCCACAAUCUCAAAUGUAGGACAAUUAUUAUUAUUAUCAAUAUGGAACAUAGUUGAAUAAAAGGCUCCACAAUCAAGAGUACGUCCUGAACAAAGAGGAUUCGAAAGAUCCAACAAAGUAUGGGAACCAAAGGUAGCAAGGACUGAACAUUCCUUGUGACAGGAACAUAAGAAAAGAUUGCCCUGUUUUCUACCCCGUUUUAAUGCACAAUAUUUCAAAUGCUUAACUAUAAUAGGAAUGAAUCUUGACCCCCUGUCUCUUUCAUCCCAUUCCCCUUAUGAGAAAUGACUCCGCUUCUUCCACGAGGGAAGAAAAUUGUGUGUGUGGGUGCUGUGAUUUUGAGUUGAAAAUAAGUAUCAAAGCUAAGAGCAAACAUUUGAAAGAAAUGUGAACUUAAUUUGACCGGAUUCAAAGUGGGUGUUAAUUGCUCCACUUUGACCAAAAGUUAAACAAUGCUGCCUUUUGAAGAGCGACACAGCAGCCCUAAGGCAAUGUGAUUUAAAAAACCAAAAAGUCCUAGGGAAGCAUAGUUCCAUUACAGCGUGAGCAUAUUUAAACUCGUUGCAAGAAACAUGAUAAUUCAGUGGUUCCCACAUCUUCAGCAUGCAGGCAACUCUCCACAAGCCACGGGAGCCCAGUGCUGGGCUCCCGCGCCUUGCGGAGAGCUGCGCGAAGGCUGGGUGCACUGAGCUCGGCGCGCCCAGGCUUCAGCAUGCAGGCAACUCUCCGCAGGCCACGGGAGCCCAGCGCCGGGCUCCCGCGCCUUGCGGAGAGCUGUGCGAAGCCUGGAGAGUGAGAGGGGUCGGUGCGCACCAACCCCUCUCACUCUCCAGGCUUCAGCGAAAGCCUGCAUUCGCCCCAUAGGAUGCACACACAUUUCCCCUUCAUUUUUGGAGGGGAAAAGUGCGUCCUAUAGGGCAAAAAAUACGGUAAUUAUUUUUCUGCCUGUUGUAGCAAUUGUAAUACUGUAUGAUUUUCAUUGUCUUUUUACGGACACCCUGUAGAACACCUGAAUGAAGCUUGUGGACCAUCAGUGGACCACAGUUUGGGAACCCUGUGACAAAUGAUAGAAUUUUCUUUAUUAGAAGUUUUGUUACUUACGGAACAAAGGGAAAGGUAGUAAUGUAAGAAUGUCUAAUGUUGGUAUAACAAAUUGCCAGUAAGGAAUACAAACUUUAUAAUAUCACAUGGCAGUGCAUUUACUGGACUGGCAUAUAAAUUUAUGCCUGCUGAUUCAUCAGUCUGCCAGUCUCAGUCAUGUAUAGAAUGAUCAGUUAUCAAUUAUGACUGCAUUCAUAUAUAACAUUUAAGCCCACGUGUGUGCUUUCUCUAAACUGGGGGGGACGGGGACUUUUGGCCCUCCAUAUUCGUUGCUCUCUAAUUCCCAUCACUCGCCAGCCAGCAAAAGCCAGUAGUCAGGGAUGAGUUGGAGUCCAGCAACAUCUGGAUGUUUAAACUGCAAUGUGCAUAAGCUGCAUCCUGGCACAUGUAGCUCAGAUACUCCUGUUAUGCUUCUCCUUUUGUCCAUCUGGUAGCAACAAGCAGUAUAUCUGCUCAAGACUGGAUCCAGAAAUCCCAUUCACAGUGAACAGAAUGGCCUUAACUCUGUUCAGGACUGCCUAGCACCACCUAUAGAUAUAUACCAUUAUUCCCUGAUCCAGAGCAUUAAAGAUUCAAGCCUCUCCAUUCACUUUAAUAAUGGAGACAGGUAGGGGGGUGUGUGUGUGUGUGAUUUGUUAUUGUAUCGCAUAGAGGCAUCUCCUUCAUUAGGGCGAUGAAAUCUUGAAGAAGGAAGAGGAAAGUUCAGUAUACAUCUCAGAGACUUGGAGUCUCUUGCUUAAGGCAUCACUUAAAUUGUGUAUACUUUGGUGUGAAAUAUUCCAGUGUUCUGAAUUGUUGUUCAGCAGUAUUGUUGAGUUACAAAAUCAGCUCUGAUUGAACCAGAAAGCUUGUAUAUAUGUAUUUAAAAGAUUCAUAUAGUCUUCAGCAAAGACUAUGGGAAAAUAUACAAAAAGAAAAGAAAGUUAAAACAUAAUUCUAAACAAGUUUUUUUAAGCCUGGGAAAAUAAAAAAUGUAUUUGUGUGGUUCUGGGAAAAGUCCAGCAAUAUUUGAGCCAGAAAUUACAUCCCUAAGGAUGUAAUUCCAUGGUGCCACCACUGAGAAGGCACUCUGUCUGGUCACCACCCACCUUACCUCAAAUAUUAAACAUCCUGCUAAACAACAAAUCACAUUUGUUGGUUGAUUUUUAACCAACCCCACCCUUCCAAGAAAGAACAGAGGAUGGCACUUAAAAUGGCUAUACAGUUUUUUAUCUGCAAAGCAUCCUAUUGCCGAUAUGGUGUCUGGCCCAAGGUCACUACAGCAGAGAGGCAAUUUGAGCUUUAGUCCAAAAGGGAUCUUCUAGGCUUGCCAUUAAAAACAAACAAACAAACAAACAAACAAACAAACAAACAAACAAAAACUAUGUAAAACUAAUGCCUGAUAUUAUCUACCUUCCAAAAUCCUAGUUCCAUAAAAAAAAUAUCAUUAGCAGGCAGUGCCCAAAGGUGGAAAUAAAGUACAGUGGUACCUCUGGUUACAUACUUAAUUCGUUCCGGAGGUCCAUUCUUAACCUGAAACUGUUCUUAACCAGAAGCACCACUUUAGCUAAUGGGGCCUCCCGCCACCACCACACGAUUUCUGUUCUCAUCCUGAAGCACAGUUCUUAACCCAAAGUACUAUUUCUGGGUUAGGGGAGUCUGUAACCUGAAGCGUAUGUAACCCAAGGUACUACUGUAUCUUUUUGUUGUUGCCUCUGUACGCUGCCAUACCUGUUCACAGUUCUGUUUCACACAUCCAGAAUUUUGUUUCUUUUUAAUAAUAAAUUUUAUUCGUUUUCCAAACAUUUUUAUACAAUUAACUCAUAUUUUAUCACUCAUUCAUCAAUUUUUGACUUCCUCCAGUUUCUCUGCCAAUCUUUCGUUACAAUUUCUAUUGUUAACGCAAUUCUAAAAUUAUUAUUGCCUUUAGACACUCCUCUUCCCUCUUACUUUCUUUUUUACAAUAUUUCUUAAUUUUUCACAGAGUCUCUUCAAAACCAACAAGCGUUAUCUGUACAUCACUUAUAUUUUUCAGAUAUUCUGUAAAUCUCCCCCAGUCCUCGAUAAACUUUUGGUCUUUCUGGUAUCGAAUCUUCCCAGUUAGUUUAUCCAAUUCUGCGUAUUCAGUCAAUUUCAUUCUCCAUUCUUCCACUGUGGGAGUUUCUUCCUGCUUCCAUCUUUGCGCCAGAAGUAUUCUUGCUGCUGUUACUGCGUAUUCACACAUCCAGAAUUUUGAUUACUUCAUUAGUGGUUCAAGUUGGUAACCCAAACUUACAUACAUUCCAUGACAUUGUGGUUGCUUGGGGAAUGGAAAGAAACUUUCACAAGUAGUGCCAUGUCAAUUGUUGCAUAACUGCAUGCAUCGCCAUGUGUGUACACAGCUCCAAGGGUAGUUAUGAGAGAGGCACAAAAAGUCCCAGAAGAUAUAAAGAAGCUUUGUAAUGUGUUGCUUUGCUUGUCCAUGCCUGCUUUAGCACCAGGAUGCAACUGGGGCAAGUCCCCCAGUGCAAACAAUGUGUGUAUUUCCUCAUCUUAGUUGCUUAAUGCGUACAAAGUGGCUUUCCCACAGCCUGAGGAUUUAAGCCAGGGAGUGAAACGUCAUGUUUAACUAUAAGACAGCUUUGAAUAGAAAUUGAUAUUAGUCAUUUCUGACUUAGUCAAACUAUAGUAUAUCCACUGCAUUUUGUAAACAGCACAUGGGCCACGACCUUCUCUUCCUGUGAGUUGCACCCAACUAAGUCCUACUCAAAGUAGAUCCAUUGAAAUUGAUAAACCUAAGUUAGUAAUGUCCAUUAACUUCAGUGGGUCUACUCUGAGUAAGACUAGCACUGGAUACAACCAACUGGCCCCUAUCCAGAGAUCAAGGUUGUGGGCACCUUUUUGUCAGCAGAUGAUCAGUGCACACAGGGGGUGUCACUUAUUGUAUAUUGGUAAGUCACAGGUGUAUUAAGGUACUGAAAAGUGGUUAUUCCUUCAUUCAGUGAAUCACAGCAUUUCUAUACUGCCAAUAAAUAAACAGCUUUGUGGACAGUUCACAAAAUAAAAGUUAAAGCCAUGAAGUAUGGAUAUUAGUCAAGUUAAAACAGCAUCACGGCAAAAACAGCAAUGCAGAAAACAAAGGGUAAAAACCUUUUAUUUGUCCUCCUGGUUGCAUGGGAGGUGGAGAAGGAAUGGUGAGCAUGCUACUAUAGUGCUGCGUGCUAAUAUAGUCAUUGAUAGGAACAACGGGCAUUAAAUUGCUUGGAAGCCACUCAAUGACGUUUUUAUUUCCCUUUAGUAUUAACACCAGAGGUACUACCCCUCCCGUAACACCCCAUGCACCCCUUAAUAUGUUACAAAAUUAGCAAGUACGCUGCUUAAGGUGCUUCACACAGGGUAGUCAAACUGGUGUCUUCCAGAUAAGUUUUAAGACUACAACUCCCAUCAUCCCUGACCAUUUGCCAUGCUGCCCGGGGCUGAUGCAACAUCUGGGAGACACCACAUUGGCUACUCCUCUAAGAGGGAUUCUGACUUCUCAGCUGUCUUUAUUUUUGUUGUACGAAUCUGGGGCCAGAAUCUGAAAGGAAAUGUUAAUCUUAAAAUUUUGUGGCGGCAGAAGAGAAUUAAUUUUCUUUUUCCAGUGUAUUCUAGCAGCAGCCCAACGCAUCACAUCCUGAAGGAUCUGUGCAUUGUCUCUUGACGACAUUCUUAUUCAUUCAGCCAUUGUAUCAUUCCCACAAACUAUGGACCCCCUAGUACGCAAGAUCAACCUUCAAAACCUCCUUAAAAGAUGAAUUUGAAAUGAGUUUCAUGGAGAAAACAAUGAUAGAAGACAAACCAGAGAAAGGAUAUUGAAGCAGACAAGCAACCACACACAACCACACCAACCAACCAUCCAUGUUCUUAGCAACGACGAGAUAUCAGGGAGGGCUAAAAACAACCAUGUGUCAACAUAGAAAAUAUAUUUGGUAACAGAAUUUCAACAGCUGCAAUGUGGAUUAUAUAGCAUUAACUGUUUGGCAGGAAACACUAGCUGUAAUCUGAAAUGGCAUGAAGUUAAUUGUCAUCAGCAGAGGUACAGCUAUAGUAGCUGAUUUCAGAUGGUAUGGGUGUUCUUGCCAAGUUAUUGGGGCACUUGCUUGCUUUUUUCCAAAGGCUGAGGGUUUGUGUCUUUCUGAACUCAUGUUCUGGAUGAUCUCCAGACUACUCAGAUACAAAUGGAUACCUGAUCCACUGAGAUGUGGCCAAGUCACAGGUGGUUGGCUAAGGUACUGACAGCACCGUCUUUUGUGUCAAAUGGGCCAUUGAAAUGUAUGUGUCUUUUCAGGGUCAGAUGGAUUUGAACAUCAAACAUAUUUGGAGAGGUUGGGGUGUAGGGAGAUGGGGAGUAGACUGCAGCCAUUCUGGUCCUGCACAAUGAGAGAGAAUGGCUGAAUGCAGACAGUCAUUUACCACUGCUUACUUACUAUAGUGUAUAUUUUGCUGCCUGGUAAGCCAGUUAUUGUAUUAUGUAUAUUGUCAUGUGGUGGAGGGUAGUUUUAUCACACGACUGCACCUUAUCAGAAAUCGAAGGAAACAGGGGAAGGUUAUGUCUGCUCACCCUUGAUGUGAAGCUAUAGAUAAUCGUCUUGUCAAAGGUCUGCAUUAUCACUUAGUAAAUGGUCAUAUGUCUUUCCUAGUGAUAUGCAAACUGCAUUCAUUUUGUCUCAAAAUCUAUUCAUUUACUGAAAUCUUUAAGUAUUAUUUUAUUUGUAGUUCAUUAUGCUUUUCACAUUUUUUGCAAUAAAAUGGUUCAAAGCCUUCUUUCCCCUUCCCAACCUCACUCCACCCCCCUUUGCCCUUUUAAAAUAUUUCCUUGAGCAUGUCUAUUAAAAAAUAAAACCUUCAAACUUUUCUAGGAAAGCUUUAAAUAAAGCAAAUUAAUACUAUUGGGUAGGUGACGUAUGCCUCCAAUCUCCCACACCCACUCUCUUAGUUGAAAAUAAUAAACAUCACUUCUUGGCAGGGAUAAUGGGAUUUGUAUAUUUUCUUCUGCCUUUGGAAGUGAAUUGGUAGGCAGAGAAACAACAAAUCCCAUGCUCCUCAUCAGAAAAUGAUGGUCUUAUGCCUGUUCAAGAGCAUUAAAGUCAAGUACGGAGAGAGCAGCAAAUCCCCAUAUCUCUCUAGCAAGCCAUCCCUACUGCUAAUUACGGUAUGCACCAUGCCUUAUCAAAGGCAAUUUGUUUUCAUUUAGAGAGUAGUAGGGAGAGCUUUCUGAGGGGUGGGGGCAAACCUCACUUCAAACCAGACUCAAAUUCAGAGGGGUCUGAGCAGGACUCAACAUUGGUUUAAGAUUUAUUUAUUUUUUAACUGAGGAAGUUUGUAUUACAAACUUCCCCAGUUCCAGACUUGACUAAUUCUGUCAGUAGUAUUUAAUAGUGUAAUCAGAUCUGCCAGGUUGGAUUUAGGGUCUUAAGGGGAAAUUGCAGUGGUUCCACCCCACUCCUGACUUUGACAGCUUCUCUUUCCCUUUCGUAUCUGGGCUUUUGUUUUUUCAGGUUUCAGCAAGGUCAGUCUGCCCCCAACCCCAUAUUCACAGCCAUACCAGCUAAUUUCCCUCUUCACCCUGUGCCUUUCAGAGAUUUGUAGCCCUCAGAUUGCAGCUUCUGACCACCCAUAUAUAUAUCAUAUAUUGGCCUUAGACCCAUAAACCACCACAGUUGCCGGAAUCACUUCCUGGUUUUCUUCAUAGUUUCAGGCCUUCCAUCCUUGCUCUGGCUGCAGUUGUCCUUUAGUAGCAGAAGCCAAGGAUUCUGGCUCUUGCAGCUGCAUCUGCAUCAUCAUCAAAAGCUGCCUCAGUUAAGCGAUGCCUUAUGUGGUUACUAUCAUGAAGUCGUGAUGCAUUUUCUGCAGACACAAAGUGAAAUAUCAUAUAUUAGACCAAAUUUUGUGUGAUGCUUCUUCAGGCAUAGAUGAUAUGUAACUAAAAUAAAAUAGAGUGGAGCAAGGAUGUUGGUUUUUGCUGGAGAAGGAUGCCUUUCUCCCUUGUGAUAGAAAUGCCUAAAUGGAAUACCUAAAUCGCAGUUCAGCAAAGAAGUGGCAGAUGAGAGGAGCAGCUUGCGUGCCUCUGGAAGGAAGUGCUGAGAGUCUAUUCUAAGGCUUCAGCAGCCUGAAUGGUCAUUUGUAAUUAUAUAUGCUCAGGAUGCAGUUCUAUUUAUUGCUCACAUUUUGCCUUAGAUUGAUCUGAUACAGAGUCAGCAAAGUUUUGUUUUGUUUGUUUUAAGUUCAUGAAAACUCAUUUACUUAUUUCUAUUUCCAUUGAGCAUUGGCUUAUGCGUGUUUCACACAAUUUAAAAAAUGGAUCUUUGUGAAGGACAUCUGGAGGAGAAUAUUUUGAUUUCGAAGGCUGUCCAAACUGCAUCAGUUAAUAGAGAUCAGAAUAUUGGCAGCUGUGUUCGUUCUGCGGAGAAACCUAGACCAAAUAUAAUGUAUUUGCCUUUGGUUCCACUAGUCAUUAGAAUCAUGCAUGCUUUUCAAGUGUAUCUCUGUCACCAGACAUAGGUGUGUGGAACAAAAAUACAACUCAUGGUAUCUUUAGGCUGCUGGGUUUGCAGGUCAUACAACAACCAAAAAAGGCAGUAGAUUUAUUGAAAUUAGUGGCAGUAGUAGGACUUAUAAUAAUUUUUUAUUUAGGAUAAACACUGUAUUGCAAGUGAUACUUCUGCUGUGCAGAAUUGUGCUAUGCAUUAGGCACAUAAGAUAGGGCAGAGGGAGAGUGACAGUAUUCAGGAAUUACCAAAUAAUAUUUUAAAAUGAGAAUUACUUGGUAGUAAAGACAACAAACAGCCCUGUGCAUGAUUUGAAUUCUGUUGGUGCAUUUGCAGCGGAGGCGUCACUAUGCAACUUUUGUAGUGAGGUGAUUUGGCAAUGCCAAAGAAGAGGACACCCAGCUUCGUUUCGUAUGCUUUCCAUAAGCAGAGUUCUUCCUUUAUAAUAUUUAUUUUAAUCAAUAGUUUUGAUUUCACUCCCAUGACCUUCUCCCUCCCUGCCAUCUGGACAUCUCAGGUGACACGAAAUAGUUGCAAGGUCACUUUUUAUGCCCUCCCAGGAGGUAAUAGGCAGCCUCUGUCACUGCUGGUUUGCCUUACUGUAUUCCUUACUACCAUUCAAGACUCAAAAAACGAUAGCAUGUUAUGCAUGUCCUCUCAUAUCCACUGUCUCAUCUAACCCUGCUUCAAAUCCACCCAGUUCUCCACGCCUACCAUUUCUACAAUACAUAUUUAGUGAUCCUAACUGUCCAGAUCUUCAGAACUUUGUUGGAAGGCGAUUCAAGAAUACUGCUAAACAAAUAAAUCUUGCUUGGUUAGCCUGUCUUUGAAAGCUAGCGUUUGUCUAUUCACAUUUCCAUGCCUCAAUACGCCGCCCCCCCCCCCACGCUCAAAAUAGGUGGCACAGGGAGAGGAAAACUACAUACUGGGAGGAAAGAAUGAAUUCAUCAGUGUAGUAUGCAAGGGGAUGUUAUUUGCAGGCAAAAUAUAAUUCCUUUUGCCUUUAUGGUAACAAAACCUGGAAGCUAGUCUGAAGCACCAUCCCUCUUUUAAAAGGGAAAAAAACACCCCUGUCCUGAAAUGCUGCUAAUCCUAGGACAGGAUGCGAAAGCAAACAUUAAGUAUAUUUGACUUAUUCAUAUUUUUGACAAUUAUCCUCCAAGGAUUAUUUUGGACAUUUCAGUUAAAAAAAGGGUUUCCAUUAUAUCUAACUGAGGGUGGAAACAAGUUGCCGGAAAACAAGAUCCAAAAAGAUUUGGCUGCCUUUUACUAAACCCUAUUUGACUCAGGAAAAGCUCUUCCUUUGUCCGUUUUUUUGGGGGUGGCGGCGGUGGAGGGACACUCAUAAGAAAUCCGUAACAUAUCCAUUACCCUUCUUGCAUUUUCCUAAGAACCUUAAUAUUACUUCUGCUGGGGCUUCCCUAAAUCCUGUUAAGAGAUUUGUGUCUUGCAACCAUAGCACAGUACAGUAAACUUGUGCCUGAGGUUGUGUCCACCAAAGGUGUAACAAAUGUACAAUGACCUUAUUAGAUUUUUCCGGCUACAUGUGAAGAGUUUUAAAAGUUAGAAUCUGCACAGUGACUUGGGCCCCAAAAUGGACUACGAGGCAGGAUACCUGGCAUAACAUUGUAUUGAUAUGAUCUCAGUGGUCAGGCCUCACAAGUCUAGCUGCUGUAUUUGGAACUAACUGCAUUUUGAACAGUCUUCAAAGGCAGACCCAAGUGGGGCUUAGCUGCAGGUUACCAAAACAUGGAUCACUUGGGCUCGAUUAUCUUAAUCCUGGUAGUUUCAUAGCUGUUCCCAGCUUCAGCUAAUAAUAAUAAUAAUAAUUAAACAACACUUCAUACUGUGGAAGCACCCUGUGUACCCAGUGACAAGGAUGGAUCAAAGAGCAACACAAAACUGCAACUCUCUUUCUUCAAUAGCUGCACACCCCCAACAUGGGCAGAUGCUAGUUUCACUCCCACUGUGAUCUUUUCUUUGCCCAUUGCGGUAAAAUUUGUUUUUAAGUGGUCAUAUUGUAACACCAACAUUUAAGGUUAGAAAGAACAAUGGAGUGUAAUUACUUCCUGAUGGCCACUAGAAGGUUGGCGUUGACAUGAGUGGGAGCAGGACUGAAGCUUUACAUGUUUUCUAAGAAGUUGAGAAGGGACGUAAAAAAAAAUAAAUGUGUGUGUUUCUCUGAGGAAAGAUUUGCCAGAGCUGAUGCGAAAAUCAAAUUGUCUCCAUGUGGGAGUAAUAUACUAACUGGCACAGAGAAACAUAGCAGGAUUAGACAAGUUGGGUUCAACAUUCUUGACUUUGGUGGAGCUGAUUUCCAUAAGGACUGGGAGAUUUUGAUAUUACAGAGGAGCUGGACGGAAUCCUGGAGGCAAAAAGGAAUUGGAAGAUAACUGACCCUUUUCUCCAUGGGCUGUGAUGGUAAAGAUAACAACAACAGCAUAGGUAUCACUUAGCAGGGUGGCCAGUCAAUGUGGCUGAUUGUAAUGAAAACGGGGGCUAAAAUAGGGCAAAGUUUGAAUGGUGUAAAAUAAAAUAAAAUAAAACUCCCAUUAUCUCAACUUGCAUAAAACUAGAUCCCUGUGCGACCUUCCACAUUUCUAAGCAAACAAGAUGCUAUGGAGAGGAACAGGUUGGUAUGGGGACUGAGUUUAUUCUAGAAAAAAAAUAAGAUAAAUAUGUAUGUAUGAUAGUGGGUGGUCUCAAUACAUUUUUCAUAGCCAUGGCCCAUUGAAUUGAACGACUACUACACAUUAGGCCAUGAUCCUAAGAGCUGCAGUGGAAACGGGUGUUGCACUUGGGCCAGAAAGCCUUGGAUUCAAUUGCAGCAUAGCCUUGAAGUCCACUAGGCGACUUGAGGCAAGUUGUUACCACUCAGCUCAGCCUACCUCACAAGGUUGCUGUGAGAAUUAAAUAGGGAAAUGUGCCCCAUGCCUCUCGAAGCUUCUUGGACGAAGGGUAAGCUACAAAUACAAAGAUUGCUACUACUGGGUAGACUGCGCCAAGUGGUAUUUUGCUAUAUAUAAAGAGCAGGUCAACAGCUGGGACCAGAUGGCCCAUUGUGUGCAGCCAGUCCCUCAGUGCCUGUGGGACUUGCCUGUGGUUUACCUUUUCAGAGAUAAUAGCUUUCUUUUGGGGCAUGGGGUGGGCAAGAUGUUGGAGGCCCGGAAAAAUUGUGAACCAUGAAGUUAGAUAACAGUAGUUGAUAAGAGUAAAGAAAUUAUGUUCUUUAACUGUAAGAAAGGGGGAAAUGGCGAUUGAUGGCCUACCCUGUCUUGUUGGAUUUUGUAUAUUUCAUUUCUUGUUUCACUUUAACUGCCUUUGUGCCCUUUGGGGGUGUGGUGUGUGGAAUUGUAGCAUGUAAUAUAUGAUAAUGGACAGCGGUCCUUUGUUACCCAGUAAAACUAUAGCAGUACUGUGCAGACAGAGCUGGUUGUCUUUUAGAAUGCUGAAACAUUCUACAUAAAUGCUUUUGUGCCUGCUGUGAAGGUGGGGAGGGGAAGCCAUGCCUGGUGAACCUGCCCCCAUCAACAUGCUCUGUCUCCUGAUUUCCAUAUGCUCAGUUAAAGGAAGGGCAAAUGGGCCUAGAGCUGUAUGUAUGCAGGCCUCUCUUUCAGACCCUCUGCUGAAUGUGUGGAGGUCUCCAUGCAUGUGUGGAGAUACUUCGGAAGAGGCUAAAGCCAGGAUAUACUUGCGAGUUAAGGACAUGAACUAUGUAUGCACAUUUAUGAAAAUGUUUGUACUUUCCCAUUAUGCUGUAAGAAUAUCAAAGGUUGCUUGUCCAAGCUGGCAGACACAAAGGAAACAAAUGUACUGUAUUCGGCAAUGUAGCAGCUUACUUUUCUUCCACAGGAAAACAGUUUCGAACAGGCAAAACCUGGCCUUAUAUAUCCUGCUAAUAUGUUUGCAAAGAGCCGAAAGCAAUGGAAUUCAAAGUCUUCUAGCCAUCUCACCCCCCCUUCUUUUUUUACUACUGUAAGGGAAAGCAAACAAUUUAUAGGAGGCAUUAAUUAUUAGAUGAGGUAUUUCAAUUAAAGUAAUUGCAUGAGAGACUAUGCAGGGAUUUGGAAAAGAUUAGUGAAAGCUCAUGCAUUAUUCAUUCGCUUUGAACUGGGGUAAGAUUGGGCAUGUCACUUCUUUUCAGCACCAUGCUAUACACGUCUACUCAAAAGUAAGCCCCAUUGAAGCAACAUGUCUCCUAGGAUUAGAGCCAAUGACAGGUUUUUUUUGUUUUUUGUUUUUAAAUCAGACUUAUCUUUUAUCUUCUUCAUGUUGAGAUCAAUAUCCAAUACUUUUCAAAUAUAAAAAAGCACUGCAGCCUAACUAACCAUGAUAGAACUAAAUCUAACCAGCUAGGGCAGGUUGGUGGUUUUUUUUUUUUUAUUUAUUUAUUGCACAAGAUUUCAGUUUCUCUUUAGCUUUCAUUUUUAAAUAAUUGAUACAAAAUAUAUACUUUCAUCCUAAAACAAUUCAACAACCAUGCAGUGUAAAAAGUAGACUAUUAUUUUUUUUUUAACUAAUAGAGCCCAGAAAGGCCUGGCAGUGGGGUAGGCUGCCUUUGAUACUGGAUAAUAAAUGGAACAGAAUGUUUUCCUUCUCCUCUCCCUCCUCCUCCUCUGCCCUCCCCCGACCACAACCACCAUGCAGUCACAAGCAGCCACAUUUCUGGACGUUGCCCAGCCUCUUCCACCAUGCCCUUAACACAAAAGGACUUGCACUCCAGUUCUUAUUGCAGCAGUUCUGUUCUUAAUGAAUGGCAAACCUGUCAGCCCGCUUGAUUUAUGUCUGAACCUGAGACACCUAUUUAAAUCUCAUGUAACAACACCCUGGUGCAGAUGUCAGUGGCAGCGCAGCGCUGGUCUCGGAGCUGUUGAGCUGUCUAGACAGUUUGAGGUGAUAGGUCAUUCAGAAAAUGUUACAGGACUGCAUGUGCCAUAAUUGGAUUAUUAUGGAAAUUUGAAACCAGCUUCCCAAAGUGGUGGCCCAUUUGGUGGCUGCAUUUUUCACCCUUUCAGCGUAGAGAAAUAAAGUGGUGCCAUUUCUUAGUAGUAAUCUCUUCUCUCUCUCUCUCUCUCUCUCUGCUGUGAUCUUAUAUACACUUACUUGCCAGUAAACAUGACUCUGUGGAACUUACUCCUGAGGAUUGGUUUCCACAUUGCAUAAUUUCCCUAUGAAUAUUAUUGCAUUAUGAUAUCCUAGAAUUGCCUUGCUGUGUGAUUUAUUUAUUUUUUAAGUUGCACAGGUCAUCAAGUUCAGUCUUCUGUAUUGAAGCAGAAAACUUUGUCACCCAACAUAUCUCUUGGAUUAGCCCGCUCCACAUGUUAGCUGGUCACAGCAAUGAAGCAGGGAUUUUAAGUGCAGGAUAAAAAAUAGGAAGUUAAUAAAAAGUCAUCCAGAUUACUCAAGCCCACUAACAUACCACAUGUUUCUGGAGAAAUAUAAGACUCUCCCAGGAGCUCUUGCCAAUGUGACCUUAGAGAAAAUGCGCAGCUCCAAAUGUAGUGACUUGACCCUUUGGUUGUAAGAGCAGAUUCUGUCCACCAACUAAAAUAGAAAUUAUUUAAAGCUCUGUGGUACUGUACAUCAUAUCCUGUAUUCGAAAGAAGGAAAAUUGUAUCACAAAUUUUUUAUAUUUUUAACAUUACAGGGCAAUUUUUAUACACUUUUCCACCUAAGGAGUCCUGAUCUUUGCUGGACUUACACAUAUGCCCAAAAUCAAAUGCGUAAAUGUAGCAAUUAUAGAUAUAAUCAUGAGCAAUUCCUGUGAUUGUAGCAGGGAUUUUUUUCAGGUGAAAAGCUAGCAUAUACACUAAAUAAAGUGUUUGCUCCAUAUGUACUAGAACAAUGUUUGUUCCAUGAACUCACCUAGUUUUUGAGUGGCUCCUCACACCCCCCUUAUUAUUUUUUAACCACCACCCUUUUUCUAGUUUUGUUCUGAGUUUCAUUACUGUUGGGAGCUCUUACUUCACCCACAAGUUCUAAAGGUCAUCUGAAAUUCUAUCCUUCCUCUCAUAUCCAUAUCUGUGCAUCAUGUUGAGGCUAUUCCUACAGAAACUUGUCUCACUUCUAAAUUUAGCUCUCUUCACAGUUCUUUGAGACAUGUCACUACCAGCCGUAGUUUCAGAGUAAAGAAAGCUCAUUGCUGGUGUUUCUUAAGAAUGCACAAGAUUCUUAUCCACAGAGGGCUCUAAAUGACCUGCCACAUAAUACCACCUCAAAAGAUUGCCCCACUCUACUCAUAGGGUACACAAAAAGAGUAAAGUAAUAGGUGGCAUUCUACAUAGUAUAGUAAUGGCCUCUAACGUUACGUUUCAUUCAUGCAGUAUGCUGGUACUGCCAUGCCACGAUUAUCCUGAAGUUGUAGAGGCGCACUGGUGUUAAAUUAAAAAAACAAACCCUCCAUUCUUAACUUUUUCAGGAAUCUUGAGGCAGUAUUGUGGAACUCUAUUUGCUUUGCAUACACAUUCGUUUUUGAGAGCUGCCAUGGUUUCUGGUCAAACCAGUUUUGUAGAUUUUCACACUACAUCAAGCUGUGCUCUUGAAAAACCAAAGCUAAGUAACCAGGGCCUCUGCAACAGAUGUGUACGUUUGUGACUAUCACGGUACUCUGUUAGAGAGUGACCAUGAUGAACAACAAAAUCCCUUUCCUCCAUGACCAACGGCAGUUUUACAAGGCCCCAUCCUCAGCAAUGUUGAAAUACGAAAUAUUGGUGUGUAUUUGUUUAUGCAUCCAAGUAACCCUGUUAAAAACAUCAAAGUGCACUAAAUAUAAUAUAAAGCUAACUGGUUAAAAUAGGGCUUAGCCAGUUUCAACCGUCAUUGAUUUACUCAGACAAGCUACAGAUCUCAUCGACCCCAGCCAGCCUGGCCAGUGAUCAGGGGUGAGGGGAGUUGUGGGGGAGGGGGGGAGAUUGGGCUCAGAAGCAGGGCACACCUCCCCUCCCCGCUGCAGUGACCGUGGGCAGAAGAAACAUAAAUUCUGGGUGUUUAUCAUGUUUUAUAAAUCCCAACUCCAUUUCCCUUACAGCAUGAAUUUCAAGGGCGAGUCCGAUCCCAGUCUCUCCUUUCUCUGCCUACCCCAUUAAACUCAGAAACAGCUGUCAAGAAUUGUGUAUGCUUCACUGUGAUGUCGCCUGAGUGCUUCCAGCUGUGGGCCGGCAAACAGAAAUUAGCUUAUUUUAACAUUUCAUUAUUUGAAAAUUAUAACACCCCGGGCAGUGCACGUGUCAUACCUUAUAAAAGAAAUAGACGCCGAGCCCCAUUUAGUGCUUGGAUGAGAAACUUCAAAUAAAAGCUGAGCUUUUGAAUUUUGUUUUCGAAUAGCCGCCCUUCCCCCUCUGCCUCGCCACAUGGUAAGCUUCACUUGAAACUUGAAGUGGGAGAUGGAAGGCACACCUAAAGCAGUUCUUUGGACAGUGGUUCUUGAAAAAGAUGGGAGGCAGAUGCUUUGACUACAAAAAAUCUUUAGCCCUUGUUUCCACUGCAGAGAGUGUGAGAAUCACAGAGGCCUGGUCAAAAUCGUAAUCAGUGAUCAGUUACGGCCUAAGCCAAGGGUCACUUUUACGCUGCCAUGAGUGUUGCAGCUAUCAAAGGAUAGUUUGUGUGGAAUUGCUUUCAUAUAUAUUAUGGAAUAUAUAUAUAUAUAUAUAUAUAUAUAUAUAUAUAUAUAUAUAUAUGGAAUUGCUCUCAUAUUACAUAGAGUUCCUUCUUACUGCCUCUCUGUGCAAAACAAACUACAAUGUCACGUUUUUCAACUGUUAAUGCAGAUUGUGGGACAACCCAGUCAGAUGGGCAAGGUAUUAUUAUUAUUAUUAUUAUUAUUAUUAUUAUCAUUAUUAUUUACCUUCUUGUCAUAUGAAAAAGAGCAAGUUUCCACUGACAUCUAUUGCACAGUAUUACACAGAUCUGCUGUCAUUUUCUAUUCCAUGUGGGGCUGCGUUGUUGUACCCUUCAUCAAAUGUUUUACCCAUCCUUAUAAAUUAUUUGAAGCUAGCAUUUGGAUUGCUAAAGAAGUGUGUCCACAACCUUCCCUUCCCCAUAGUAACAGGCUGAAUGUUACAGUGUGCAAUUUGCUCCCAUAAUGCAACAGUGCAGUUGAUACCAAAUGAGAAAGAAGAAAUCUGAUUAAAGGUAGUAACUUUUGAGACAGUAGUUCCAGUUUUUCAAAUGCAGAAAUAGAAACUUGUGAAAACAAGUCUCAAGCAGGGUUUGCCAUUUCUACAGAAAACAUUGAGGUACUUGUGAACCAAAGAGCUCUGUUGCUAUCUCAUAUUAUCGUUUCCUGUUUGGCAGUUAUUAUUUCUUGGGCUCUUUUUUCCUUUUGCUUGGAUUGCCUACUGUGUCAGCUGUCCGAUGGCUGGAGAAUCCUAACUGGCUAGUUGGGCUAGUUUUCCUUGUGGAGGUAACAUUCCAUUUUGACAGGAGCAUUUAUUAUGGAAAACAAAUUGCUCACUUGAUUUUUUUUAAAAAGUUUUUUAUUUAUACAACAAGAAAAAAACACACACACAAAUACCAAAUUACACACAAAUUACAAAAAUAACCAUAGGCACAUAAUUUUCUUCGCAAACAAUAAAACAUCUAUUGGUCUUAACACUAAAGACCCAACCGCCCGUCUAUUCCAUAUUUCAAAUUCAUAUUACUUUUUGCCAGUAUACGCUUUUAUCAUAAUUAAACUUAUUCUCAAUAAAUCUAAUUUCUUAUAUCUACCUUGAGAGUAUUACUGCAGUUCCUCGAUAAACUACUAUAUUUAUUUUUCAGAUAAUCUUUGAAAACCUCCCAUUUUGAAACAAAUUCCUGUUUUGAUUUAUUCUUUAUUUUUUCUGAUAAACCAUCUAAUUUGGCAUAUUCUGCCAGCUUUUGGAUCCAAUCUUGUAUAGACGGGAUUUCAUUACUCUUCCAUUUUGCUGCGAUCAAAACUCUUGCUGCCGCCGUCGCAUAUAAAAAGAUACCCUUCCUCUUUUGUGGAAUAUCCAAAUCUGUUAUUCCCAGGAGGUAGGCCUCUGGUUUUUUAUUGAAAGAGAUCUUUAGCAUUUUUUGCAGUUCUACAUGGAUACUCUCCCAGAAUACCUGUAUUUUCCUACAUAUCCACCACAUAUGGUAGAAUGUUCCUGAUUCACCGCAUCUCCAACAAUUACUUGACACAUUUUUAUACAUUUUUGAAAGUUUCCAUGGUGUUAGAUACCAUCGAUGUUGCAUUUUUUUGAAAGUUCUCUCUAAUCGUGUAACAAUUUGUGAAUUUCCAAUUGAUCUUCCAUAAAUUUUCCCAUUGGGCCAUGGUUAUUGAACGGCCAAAAUCCUGGGACCACCUCACCAUUGCCACUAUUACCUCCUCCUCCUUGACUGUCCAGUCAAGAAGGAGUCGAUAAGUUUUGGAAAGAGUUUUUCUUUUAGAAUUUACAAGAUCAGAUUCGAAUCGGGAAAUUUCUGUUGAGAACCCCUUUUGUUUGUCAGAUUUAAAUUUUUCAAAUAACUGAUGGUAUUGGAACCAGUCUGAGAUGUGUUCUCUUAUUUCCUCAAAGUUUUUUAAUUUUAUUUGGUUAUCUUCAUUUUUAGAAGUGUUUUAUAUGUUGGCCAGCUUUCCUGAGUAUUUUUCCGUUUUACUGCUACGGCUUCUAUUGGAGAAGUCCACCACGGGACUUUAGGUUCCAUCAGGUCUUUAUAUUUUUCCCAUACAGCAAAGAGUGAUUUUCUUAUUAUAUGGUUGGUAAAAUUUUUAUGAAUUUUCGCUUUUCCAUAUAUCAGGUAGGCGUGCCAUCCCCAACGGUUGUCAAAACCUUCCAGGUCCAAGAGGUCCGGAUCCUGCAACGUGCACCAAUCUUUUAGCCAGGUGAAACAGGCUGCCUUGUAGUAAAGUUUUAAGUCGGGUAGGGAAAAGCCUCCUCUCUCUUUUAUGUCUAUUAAGAUCAGGUGUUUAUUCCUAGGUUUCUUCCCUUCCCACAGGAAUUUGGAAAUUUCUCUUUGCCAUAUCUUGAGACAACCUGCUUCGCCCAGUAUUGGAAUCAUUUGAAAUAAAAAGAUUAAUUUUGGAAGCACAUUCAUCUUUAUAAUGGAAAUCCUACCCAGAAAUGUUAAUUUUAGUUUACUCCAGGUUACAAGAUUUUUUCUAAUCUCUAACCAAGUUUUGGUGUAAUUAUCCUGAAAUAAGUUUAUGUUCUUGGGGGUGAUCCAAAUACCCAAGUAUUUCGCUUUUGAGGAGAUUUUCAGGCCCAAUAUUUUUUCUAAGUUGUCCUUUUCUUCUGUGGUUACAUUUUUAACAAGCAUUUUUGUUUUUGUGAUAUUCAACUUAAAGCCUGCCACUUCUCCAAAUUCUUUAAUCAAUUCCAGCACUCUUUUCAGACUUUCUUUAGGAUUUUCAGGCAUAACAAGUAAAUCGUCCGCAAAAGCUUUAAUUUUAUAUGUUUUGUUUCCCAGAGUGAUGCCUUUAACAAGCUGAUCCUUUCUUAUCUGAUUGUUCAAGACUUAUAUCAGUGGUGACAGUGGGCAGCCCUGUCUGGUUCCCUUGUUUAUUUUGCACUCCUCAGUAAUUCUACCGUUGAUGAUCAAUUUUGCAUAUUGUUCCGAAUAGAUGGCAUUUAUUACUUUACAAAUAUUUUCUCCCAGUCCGAUUUCUUCCAUUAAUUUUUUCAUAAAUUUCCAGGACACGUUGUCAAAAGCUUUUUCAGCGUCCACCAACAUAAUAGCUGCUGGUUUAUCAAUUUUAAUAUCCAAAUAUUCUAAUACAUUAAUCACACAUCUAAUGUUGGAUUGCAUAAAUCGUCCGGGAAGAAAUCCGGUUUGAUCUUUAUGAAUUAUCUCUUUCAGCACCAUUUUUAAUCUAUUUGCAAGAAUGUCUGCGAAUAUCUUGUAAUCGUUAUUUAGCAGUGCAAUGGGUCUGUAAUUGGCCAUGUUUGAGGCAUCUGUUCCCUGUUUGUGGAUAAGAGUAAUAAAGCUGUCCUUCCAGGUUUUCGGUAGCUUUCCAUUUGCCAGAAUAUUAUUCAUUAGGUCUUUCAUGGGAAGAAAUAAUGCUUGUUCUAACUUUUUAUAGUAAUUAGCUGGGAGACCAUCUGGGCCCGGUGUCUUUCCUAAUUUUGAUCUCUGUAUAGCUUGUUGCACCUCCAUAGCUGUUAUUGGUGAGUUCAAGAUUUCAGUUUUUUCCUUAGGUAUUAUUGGUAGUUUAUUUUUGCCCAAAUAAUCAAUUAUUUUUUCUAGAGUCUCUGGACCUUCUUUAUAUAGUUUUCCGAAAAAACUAGCAAAAUUUUUACUAAUUUCCUUCGGUUCUUGAAUCCAUUUGUCUUCAAUUUUAAUUUUAUUGAUAAUUCUAUCUUCCUUUUUCUUCUUUAAUUGCCAGGCCAGAAGUUUGCCAGGUUUAUUUGCAAACUCAAAAUUUCUAUGUCGCAACCAUUUUAUCUUCCAUUCUAUCUCUUCGUUUAUUAUCAUGGAGAAUUGCGUCUGUAAAAUUUUUAUAUUUUGCUUAAUUAGUUCAUCAUCUGGUUUUUGGAAAAGGAUCCUUUCCUUUUUUCUAAUUUCCUCCCAGAUCUCCAUUUUCUUCUUCUCCUUUAUUUUCCUUUGGAAUGCGUUUUGUUGGAUAAAGAAGCCUCUUAUGACGGCUUUACCCGCGUCCCAAACCGUCUCUAGAUCUACUCCUUGAUUUAAAUUAAACUUAAAAUAUUCUUCUAAGAUUUGCUUAGCCUUCUGUACAGUUUUCUCAUCGUUUAGCAUACUCUCAUUAAGUUGCCACCUUUUAAACUUUUCUUCUUUUCCUUUAAAGUUAACCCAGACCGCGCUGUGAUCUGUUAUUGUCCUUGGAUGGAUUUCUGCUUUUGUAAUAUUAUUUAAUAAAUCCUUUGUUGUCCAGAUCGCAUCGAUUCAUCCCGCCGAUUUAUGUGGCUCUGAAUAGUGUGUAAAUUCUUUCUCUGUUGGAUUCUUAAACCUCCAAGCGUCAAACAAAUUCAGGAGUUCUAUUAAUUGGAAAAAUGUAGUUGGGAGUUUGUUCUGCCUCUUUUCUUUCUUCUUUAUUGUUCUGUCCAUGUUUGGAUUGACUACUCCAUUAAAAUCUCCUAAUAAUAUAAUUUCCCCCCCUAAAUAUUCUAUGACUUUUUCUUCCAAGAAUUGAUAGAAUUCGGAUUUUCUUUCAUUUGGUGCAUAAAUUCCAAUAACUAUCGCUUUUUCAUUAUUGAUCUUAACUUCUAUAAUCACUGUUCGACCUUUUUCAUCAUUGUAAAGCAGUUUUGGCUCCAGCUGAGGUUUUGCAUAGAUUACCACCCCUCUCUUUUUUUCUUUACUUGAUGCAAUAAACUCAAGCCCCAAUCUUUUAUUUAUUAAUACUCUUUUAUGUUUUUCCGCUACAUGAGUUUCUUGCAGACAGAUUAGAUCAUAUUUUUGCUUAACCAGAAUAUGUUCCACCUUGUUCCUUUUUGAUUUUUCAUUUAAACCAUUUACGUUCCAAGUAAUAAAUUUAUAAUCCAUACUUUAUUUCUUAUGAUACGUGAACGGGUUAAUAAAAAAUAAUAAAUAAAUAAAUUUACACAUUCAAGGUCUCAGUAUACGUUUAAUAAAUUCCCUUCUUAGAUCUGUCUCCUAACUCUCAACUGUUUGUUCAAUUUCCUCUGAUUCUCCCAACAAUUGCCUUUUCCCUCCGAGCUCUUUCCGGUACUUUCUCCAGAACUUGUCCGCAUCUAAUGCCGACAAGCACUUUCUACGUUUCCCUUUAAAGAAAAAGGAGAUGCCUUCAGGGUACUCCCACCUAUAGUCCACUGCCUUUGCCUUUAGUGCCUCGGCUAGAGGUUUGUAAGCUUCUCUCUUUUUUAUCAAUCGAUUUGGGAUAAUCUUGUGGACGAUAAUAUCAUUUCCUUCCGACUUGAAUUUCUUCUUGUUGCUAGCUUGUAAAAUUCUAUUUCUGAAAUCCAUAGAGUUAAAAGAGACCAAACAGUCAGCCGGCCAGUUAUUUGCUUUUGCUACAUUAGAUUUGACUCUAAAUGCUUUUUCUAUUUUUUGUGUUACUUCUGCUUCUUCUAGGUCUAACCAAGUUGCUAGCUCUUUUGAGAUUUUUUUCUCAAUUAUUUCCUCUGCAUCCUCUGUUAGUCCUCUGAAUCUUAGGGUAUUCUCCCUUCUCUGCAUUUGCAACAUCGCAAUAGAGUCCAAAGUUGAAUCCUGUUGCGCUUUCAGAUCUGCUGUUUCUUUCCUUAUCUUAUCGCAUUCCCUUUUCAACUCUCUAUUUUCAUUUUGUAAUUUUUUCUGAGCUUCCUCUAGGUUCUGUGUUUUACCUUUAAGGUCUAGCACUAUUUUCGUCAGUUCUGAAUUUUUUUGUACUAAAUUGUUGACCUGAGUUGAUAACUCAGCUGUUAUUUUCACAUUUUCAUCUAUUUUAACUCCCAUUGAAAUAAGUUUUUCUUCCGUUGCUUUUGCCUUUUCAUUUACAUUAUUUUUAAAUCUUGGAUAUCUUUCUUCAAACUUAAAAUUAAUUCUCUCAUAUCUAGUGGUUGAUCCAUGUCAAUUACAGAAGUUCUCCUGAUUUGUGAGGCUGAAACUGCCGCAGAACCUGACACAGUUGCUUUUUUACCAGACAUCACUAAAAAAUUCAAUUAACUCACAAGGUAAUUUGUUCUCUUUCUUUCUGUCUUACUGACUGGAUAUCAAUUAAAUUCAAUCUUUCUUAAUACAAUCGUGACAAAAUUUCCAAUGUGAUAAUUAAUAAAUAUCAAUUAAAUUCAAUCUUUCUUAAUACAAUCACGACAAUUUUACCAGUCUGAUAAUAAUCUCCGGCCUAUGUAUCCACUGAUUCUUUAUAUUCACCAGUUUCACUAAAUAUAUUUAAAAUUGAUUAUGAACAAUUAUCUAAUUAGUUACAGCCAAUCAUCAAUACAGCAAUAUCACAAAUUCAUCAGAUCAAAUAAAUAUAAUAAAUGAUUGCAAUCCUUGCGUUCACUUACUCAUUCAGGGUGAUAGAUCAUAUAUAUAAAUCUUUAAACAGGUUAGCGGUUCAGUUAAUCAGCACCUUACAACAAAACUAAUGACAUCUGAUACUAAUAUCAGCUGUCUUGGCUACCAAUAGAUAGUGAAAGGCAAAGCAAACAAAAACAAAAAACAGCAACAAAAAAACACACAAGGCAGAACCACACAAGUUGAAAACCACACAAAAACACAACCAGAAAAACAACAAAAAUGAAACAAACAGAGAAACAAAACAAACAAAACAAAACAAAAUACCCAAAAAGAAAAUUAUAAAAGAAAGAAACAAAGAAAAGAUGGGAGGGUAAGAGAAAAAUAAAGCAAGAGAAAGUAAUAAUAAUAAUGCAAUUUAUAAUUUGUAAAGGAAUAAAGAGAGGGAAGAAAAUACGAAAAGUAUAUAUAAAUAAUAAAAAAAGAGCUGGGGAGUAUUUUCAAUUAAUAAUGUACAAUGCAAUAAUAUUAUGUGCUAUUAAGUUCUCUCUAGAUGUUACUCUUCCAGAGGCAACAGGAAUGCUAUUCCAGGAUUGGGGUAUAGGGUCUAUAAAAAUUUAUGAAACCUUGUCUCUUUCAGCAGAUUAUGAUGCAGCGCUUUGGAAUCUUCACUAGUUGCAGAUCUUGCAAAAAUCCCUGUAAUUGCUCUUAUAAGUCUUAUUAGAGGAAUGUCUUUUUCAAAAGAGUGCAAAAAUUUUAUUCACCAGCUGAUGUCGCUGUUUGAGUCGCUCCCUCUCUGCGAUUUUCAACCCCCUUCUCAAUCUAUGUCAGUCUAUGUCAGUCUUAUACAAUUCAUUUCCGUUCCUCAAACCAGGAAAUGCCGGUCUAAGAAAAUGUCGGGGCACGUGAGUCAGCAGAAAUACUUUAGCCGUUGUUAAAUUGAUUUGUAGUAGUCCACAGCCAAAGACAAAUUGCUCACUUGAAAUUAAAACUAUUCUGAUGCGAGUAAAAAUCCCCAAAGAGUGCCAACAACACCUAACAGUCACCUACAAAAUUUUGGGGGGCCAUACCCUGUCUGGCUGUGCAACAGGGAUUUCCCUCCCUGCAUACCCUGAGACCUUUCCCUCCCCAGAUCUGCUCUGCAGAUUGAGGAAAACCCCCAGAACAAGUUUAGGGUGCACAUGGGGGAAAGGAGAGGGAGAGGAAGUCCAGUUGUGCUGACAGAAAUCCUUGUGCUAACAGAAGGUUAGAUACCACCAAUGGAUUCCCUAUGCUAGGGGCAGAAUACUCUCUUGUAGUUUCCACCUCCCCUCCCCACCGCUUUUUGUUGGACUUCUGUGUUCUAAAUAGCAUUAGCCUUUUUAAAAAAGAAAAAAGAAAAUGAAAAUUAUCGUUCCACAAGGAGAACUCUUGUAGAGCAAUAUUUAUUUAUUUAGUGUGCUAAAGGAAUCUGGCACCAAAAAAUGUUUUCAGUUUUCUCUUGCUGGAGGAACUUCUGCCAAGGUUAAAAGCUGCACCUUUACAUUUGCAUUCGAAGAUAGAGAUUUGUUGUUUGUUUGUUUGUUUCAAUGAAUUUUAUCAUUUAUUUAUUACACAAUGUUUAGUCUGCUGCCAUCUUUAGGUAUAAAAUCUUUAGGCAAGCCCAUACAUAGACUUGCCUGAAGAUUUUGUACCUAGAGUUCUUAGAAGAUUUUGUACUUAAAAGUAAAUCCCAGGACAGCUGAGUAUGGCUAACUUUGGAUAUCGCCCAUAAUUUAGACUCUAAGAUAAAAAAAUAUUUUAUUUAUUUACUAGAUUUCUAUCCUGCCCUUUCUCCCAGCAGAGGCAAACAACAAAUUAAACCUUAAAAUAUAUUUUUUAAAACAUUUAAAAACCAACUAUUUAACAGUUAAGAAUAUUUAGAUAAUAUUUACACCCCCUAAAACACUGUUUUUAGACCUAAUUUUAUAUUAUUUUUUCUCCAUCACAUAAUUUUAUAUUAGUUUUUCUCCAUCACAGGCUGGUUUGGUUUCCUUGUUGACAAAGUCACAGCUUCUGCUCUGUUCUGUGGCAGGCCUCCAUGGAAAGGGCAGGCCCCUUAAGGGCUCUGCUGCAUUUAGUAGCAGGAACUCACCAUUGCUGUUAUUUACAUUCAUGACUUCACCGUGCUUGUUGCCCGACAUCUAACUGAAGCAAGGAUCUUGACUAGUGCUUGCCUUUAAAAGAAAACAAUGCGUCAAGUGUUCUGCCCUUGCUGCUUCUCACAUGAGAGAAACAGAUUGAAGACUUAACAAAGAUGCACAGUGUCUCUUUGUAGAAUAAGUACAGAUGCCAGUUAUAUCUGAAAGAGUGACACUGUCCCAUGACUUUCUGCCAUUGUUGGAGCAUCUGAGGAUGUAUUUAUUACAUGUAUUAGCAGAGAGCAAGUUUACUUGCCAAUGGACUAACUUAAGGAAUGGCUGAGGAGGUGGUAGGUCACGCUCCACCUUGGAAAUGCUCCCUAGGCAUUUCAUGUUAGGAAUGAGGAGCAUGACUUCUGCUCCUCACAUUGUUACCACUGCCUAGUUGGUGUGGAGCCAGUAGCCACAAGCUCCCAAAAAAGGAAAAUGAGGGAAAAGAUGGACGUCCAUUCUAGGUAACCUCCAAAAUGGUUCUCCUAGAUCCUCCCAUUCAUGAAAUAAACCUGGUUCAUAAGACAGACAACAAAAAUAUUUGUGUUGGCCAAAGAGGCAUCAGCUGCUACCUGGCAUAGCUUCUCACAAGCACAGAUAGCCCCUAAGUUUGCAAUAUAGCAAGUAUUCAAUUGUAAUAUUUAUCUUAAUAAAAUUUACUUACUAAUAAUUGGAUGAAGGUUUUAAGACAUGAUGUAGUUAUUUAGACACACAUCUGAACACCUUAAAUAUUUCAUGGACAAGCAUAUUUUUAAAAGAGCUUAAGCAAAUUAUUAGUCCUAAAUGGAGACUAUUUACAGUACCUUCAUUAAAACACACACACACACACACACACACACACACACAUUCUGUAUUUGUUACUAUACUCUUGAGUGCAAGUUAGUUCCUGUAUUAACUGCUUUGAGAACUUUGUGAAUGUCCAUGCGUAAUGGAAACACUGAAAGCAGUGGUUAACGUGAUUACUUGAUAACAAAUUGAAAGUGUGGGUUAUUACUGGCAGCUAGUCAUAGCACUGUUACCAAGGUUUACAGUACAACUAGACUGUAGUAUGUGUGUGAGAGAAAGAUGGGGUUGCUAUAUGUGUGGUGUGUAGUGUGAAGCAUAUGUUCAGUGACUGUGUGCUAUAGAUGUCAUGAAUGCAUGGUUUGUGCAAAUGUGUGUGCAUGCAUGUUUCAUGUCCAUAAACACAAUGGGCAUGUGGUUCUACAAAGUUUGGUCAACCAUGUUUGGCUCUCGAGCCAAAAAAUAUUAGCCACCUCCUAAACUAGGUUUUAGGGACGCGGGUGGCGCUGUGGUCUAAACCACUGAGCCUAGGGCUUGCCGAUCAGAAGGUCGGCGGUUCGAAUCCCCACUACGGGGUGAGCUCCUGUUGCUCGGUCCCUGCUCCUAGCAACCUAGCAGUUUGAAAGCACAUCAAAGUGCAAGUGGAUAAAUAGGUACCGCUCUGGCAGGAAGGUAAACAGAAUUUCUGUGCGCUGCUCGCCAGAAGCGGCUUAGUUAUGCUGGCCACAUGACCUGGAAGCUGUACAUCGGCUCCUUUGGCCAAUAAAGCAAGAUGAGCACCGCAACCCCAGAGUCAUCUGCGACUGGACCUAACGGUCAGGGGUCCCUUUACCUUUACCUUUAAACUAGGUUUUGCAACCAGUUGCUCUUGACUUAGGAUGUUCAUGCAAGGUGAUUUGCUAAACUGUGAAUUAUUUCCUUGUUACUUAAUUACUAAAAGUUGUUGCCUAUCGAAACAUUACCUUAACUGUUUAUAUUUAAUGGGUUAGUUAUAAUGGGUGACUUUUUGCAGUGCGGAAAGCACACCGUUCUAUUACAUCUAGAAAAGCAGCCAGAGUAUGUAGUCCUUAGGCUUAUUUUGUAAUUAAAGUUGAGAUUCUACACAUUCUAGCAAACUAUUCCCCACCCCACCCAAGUCUUCAGUUGCUCAAGUUUAUCUGGCGCUGGGUAUUUGCAUAACUGGUUGAUGGUACUUAAAAUCUUCUUGGAACAUUUCAGAAUGAGUCCUGGCUUUUCUUCUUCUCAAACAUCCUUCCUGCAAUAAAGAUAUUGAUCUGAUCUUUUGUACAAUUUCUCUGCUCAUUAACGUUGGCCUGAGCAGAAAAAUAUCCAUAGCCUCAUUUAGCUGCAACAUCUUUGUAGAACAUUCGUUGCUAUCUAUUGACAACCUGCUGCAUAAUUGCUAAGAUAGUUUGCCAUGUCAUUACCAGGUAUGCAACCUUAUUUGAACUCAUGUUGACUCUACUCCAGAAGGCAAAUAUAUCUGAAGAUGUUAAAUAUGAUUUAGGAAGCAAAACAGGUUAAGAGUGACCCUUCAUUUUUUUAAAAGAAUGCCUUGUCACUUGUAGCACACCUUGAUGAACCCAGGUUUUCAAAAACUGAUAUUCAAAACAAACUGUAAGGGAAGGAGAAUUAUGAAGUGAGUCUGGCCUUUAAAACCUAAACAUAUGGGCUUCAUUUAAGUCUCAGAAGAAAGGAACUGUCUUGAGGUAAAUGGUCUAGGUGGAGCUCCCUUGAUGGAACUCAUUGAAGCCCACAGUAAUGCAAUCAAAUUCAGCUUUGCAUUAGAUAUUUCUAUCAUUAAUGGUUGGUGGGUGUGUUUGUAUACAUCUAACAGGAGAAAGGCUCAUUUAACUUAAUCUGGGUUGGCUUUUGCCUGCAGAUUAAUCUUUGGAGAACCAGCCAAUUUAUAAUUAUAGUUAUAGGUAUGGGUGGAGGAGUAUUGGGUGGUUGAGACAUGCCAGUUUCUGUUACAUUUGGUAUGUCUGAUACAGUUUGUCUGAUCUACUCUAGCCAAGUAGAUCAGACUCUCAUUAACAACUUAACAGAAUAGAAACUGUAUGUGACUAAGAGAAAUACCUCCCCCCCAAAAAUUGUUAAGAUUCUUAAAAUAUGGUCACAAAAUAGACUAAGAUACCACCCUAAAGCUUCCUGAUGACCAGAACAGUUCAAGUCCUAUGUCUUCUGGGUCAGGCUUGUUCUUUGGUCUGAACAGCAAGGUUUGGCUCAGCUUGUUCCCAUUUUCUGCCACAGACUGACCCUUGCUGUGCCUUUCUCUGAGGAUCUUGCCUUGGAGCCAAGUGUGUGGCAGCCAUCUGGUUAGCUAACAUUGUGCCAAACACACGGUGAUGGAAUGAUAAAAUACGAAUCAGGCAGGUUCUCCGGUGGGGAAAGUGAAAUGCACAAAUGAAAAUUGACUUUGUGGGCCAGCUGCCCUCUAUUUUUAAGCUGAAGUAUAUUCUCUUUGCUGGCUUGGAAUCAAGGAGUGUGGCCCUUUCUUGAUAGCUGUUGCCAGAUUCCUGACAUGCUGGAAAGUGGCAGCUAGAAGCAUUUGUUCAUGGUGGCUUAAGAAAUGUUCAAGAAAUCCUUGGCUGUUCUCUUGCAUUGAGAUGGUCAUCUGCUUCUCUCCUUCAAGUCAAACAAAGUGAUAUGCCCUAGACAGUCGAUUUCUCUCUCUCUCUCUCCUGUUCUGCUCCCCUUUAGCAUGUUUUAAUAAUUGCUUCUUAUUUUUCUGUCUGAGGCUGGUGGUGAGUAUAACUUAAAAUGAAAAAAGUGUCAAGAAUAAAGACAGGGAACACACAAAGCAAGACAUUAAAGGACAGUUUGGGAGCCAAAGCCAAUUUCAGCACAGCUGUUGAAACUGUUCCUUCAGGCAUGAGAAAAAGUUAGCCAUGACUCUUGGGCAAAUCACAUUUUCUUUUGUCUACAAAUAUUUUUCAUGAUAGAAGAUUUAGGCACAAUUAAAAUAAAUGCUUAUGUGGCCAUCUUGUUUAGAGCCAGUUCAUGGGCAAGGAUUACCUCUUCCGUCAAAACAAAAUUACCUCUCAUCUGUUGUGCAUUAGUUCUUGUUCAUCAGAAUCUUUAGAGGAAGAGUAGUUAACAAAUAAUUCAAGUAAAUGAAGCAAAAUAACAAUGCUUAGGGCUUCCUUCCAAAACUUGUAGUAAUUAGAGACUACAACCAGUCUUGAUUAAUGUCCACAAACCACAACAAGUUGCCCAAAUCACACAGAUGCCAGUGGUAUAUACAAGUACCCUAUAGCCCAUGGAUGACUAACCUGUGGUCCUUCAGAUGCUGUUGGAUCACAGCUUCCAUCAUCCCUGCCUUUUGGCCCUGUUGGCUAGGGGUGAUGGGAGUUGAGUUCAGCAACACUGGGAGGGCCACAGGUUUAGCCUCUCCUGCUGCAGCCCAUGUGCAUUCAAAUACUUUCACUGUACUGCAACUUCUAUUCUGUAACAUGGCUCACUGGUUACUCCAAGCCUUAGUAGACUUUUGUUACAACCACAUCCCUCCACACUCUUCAUUACUAUUUAGCACAGCUGGAUCAUGGUGGGUCCAAAACAUACCAGCCUGCUUUCAAGUUCUGGCCUUCCAAAGUCUUAACGGGGAUGAUGUCAACCAUACACAAGGGGAAUCACAAAAUGCAUGGGGGAAUUAUUGUGGAUAUGAGUAAAAAGUAAAUGAUCAUUAACUUAUUCAUGGGAGGAAUAAAAGAAUAGAAAUGGAUCCCCUAUGAAUAGCAUAUGAAUAGCAUAUACCCAGUUCUUCUAAGGUUACUUUAUGGUUCCAUUCUCUGAAGCAUAUACUUUAUCCAGAUUGUAAAUAUAUUUUAUUAAUAUAACUUGGCCCUGUGUCUUUCUGUAAAGGCACUCUCCUUAAUCUUAACAAUAUACGAUAUUGCAUUCAUCCUCUAGUAAACUGUCCAUGCGUACGUUGCAUCGCUUAUGCUUUAAUAUCUCUCAUACUUGUGAUAAAAAUUAUGCUUAAAAUUGGCAUAAGAUGCCUUUUGGAAUUGCAGAAGCAGAGCUGGAAGGAACAGCAUGGAUUAUUUCAUCGAACUGUCUGUCCCGAGGCAGGGAAUUUUACACUUCAGGCAUUUUUGCCAGAUGCCUCCCUAGUUUCCUCACAGAAACAUCCAGCAACAAGUGCUUCCAAACUCUGGAUCUUGUUCCAUUGCCCUACAUUUUAUUUGGUUAAGAUGUUUUCCUAAUAUUCACUCAGUGUGAAUCAGCCAUUUCCCCUUAAACCUGAUGCUACUUCUUUGUCCUCCGAAUAGUAACGCAGAAUGGACCCUCCCUUUCAGGAGGGCUGUCAUGUUCACCUUUAGCCUUCAAUCCAUUUAAAAAAAUGUUUAGCUCAUGGAACGCUUCACUGCAUGACUGACAGUGAUUCAGAUGUGCAGAAAAGUAAUCUGGUGCAAUCUUGGACUGGACUGCAUCAAGCUGCAGGUGGGUUUCUGCAAAGCUCUAUGGAGGGAGAAGGCUGAGGAAAAACUAUUCUCCCUGGUAUGCUAGCAAGCAGGAUUUAAAUUUUUAUUUCCACAUGAGAAAGAAUUAAAAAGAUCCCGCCCCCUCAUAGUCUUAAAUAGAAAAGUUUUUGGGUUAAUUGUAGUAUGUGCCCUCUCUGUACUUUUAAAAUGGCUUUUAUCUUGCUUGGUUUUUUGUAAAUAUCAUAUUCAUAUAGAAAUGCUGCUCCAAAUAAAUGCACAGAGCAGUUACAGCUGUGUGGAAUACUAAUUGUUACUAGUACUAUAUUUCCACUUCCAGAAGUGUUGUGUUAUACUUUAUUGUUUUGCAAGGUAUUUGGACAUCUCCUAUUGUGAAAUGCAGCCUUUAUUUUAAAUAAUUGCCCUUUCCCACGAAAACAUUGUCUUUCAUCAUUGUAUAAUUGAUGUCCCUGAUAAGUGGAAAGAUUUUUCCAGAAACAUUUAAUAGACUACCUGGGCUUACAUUCAAAGAGUCCAUAUAUACUGAUUACAUGCAAAUUAGCAUGGGAGAACAUAUGCUUACUAUUAUACAAAGAAUUAGAUGUAAAUAUCAUAUAGCCAAUAUAGGACGCGGGUGGCGCUGUGGGUUAAACCACAGAGCCUAGGACUUGCCGAUCAGAAGGUCGACUGUUCGAAUCCCCGCGACGGGGUGAGCUCCCAUUGCUCGGUCCCAGCUCCUGCCAACCUAGCAGUUCGAAAGCACAUCAAAGUGCAAGUAGAUAAAUAGGUACCGCUCCAGCGGAAAGGUAAACGGCAUUUCCGUGCGCUGCUCUGGUUUGCCAGAAGCACCUUAGUCAUGCUGGCCACAUGACCCAGAAGCUGUACGCUGGCUCCCUCGGCCAAUAAAGCAAGAUGAGCGCCACAACCCCAGAGUCGGCCACGACUGGACCUAAUGGUCAGGGGUCCCUUUACCUUUGCCUUUAUCAUAUAACCAUGGGGUUUAAAUACCUACCAGUAGCAACUUCAGAACAGUUACUUCUACUUGAGAAGCUUAAAAUAAUUUCGUGUGUGUGUGUGUGUGUGUGUGAGAGAGAGAGAGAAAGAGAGAGAGAGAGAGAGAGAGAGAAAGAGCCAAGUUCAUUCCAUGGUAUCUCUAGGUAGUGCUGUGACAAACUCUUUUAUAACACACUGAAUAGCUACUACCAGCAGUUUCCUCAGAUUACCAUUUGUUCCGAUUUAGUGUUUAAGGGUGGGUUUUCCAGGGGAAAGUGGCAGGCAAAGGCAAAACUGCUUGGACCUGUGCCUAGGAAGGAUGGGACAAGCAGCAAACACCUCUCACCUGUGCUUUCUAGGCAUGAGUCAAGCAGAAGUGUGGACAAGCCCUUUGAUAGGGACCAUUAAUCUCACUUGGCACAAGGCAGCCUCCCAGGUUCCUAAGUACUGUAAUUCAUCAUGAUUUCACCAUGAACUCCCAGAAAAUUCUCCCUGAAUCCUCCUGAUCUUGGCUGAUCAAGUCUAGUUACCAAGUGGUUAGCCAAGUACUCUCAGAACAAUCUGUUUUGCAGAUGUCUUUUGCUUUUUUCCUCAUGGCCUUAUACUAUUUUACACCGAAUAUUUUGUGCAGUGGAAAUAGCUACAGAAUAAAUGGCAUAAUCUCACCUCCUAAAACUAAAAUAUAUAAAAGAUUCCCGCCCCCCUUGCCAAAGAAUAGGAGGUGGUGCUGUGUAAACUUUGCAAGGUACAAAACUGCAGGCAAGUUUUAUAGCUAUACUGAUUCCUAAUUACUUUAAUUGAGCCAAGUUGGUAAUAUAUUAAAGGUGUUUCCAUAGUGUAAUUCCCCAUUGGGGUAUAUAUAUUUGAAAACCACUUUUCCAAGGUACAACUCACGCAUAUAAGCUAGCCUAUUUUUAAUAACCAUUUUGAUCAUCUGCCGAUAUAAAACCAUACAGAUUAAUGUAACGUGAACUGUGGCUUCAUAGAUAUUAUGAGUUGCACAUUAUAUGACUUUAAUGGCUCUAAGAAUGCUUCUGUGGCUGAGAAUAAAAUUAGCCAAGUGUACCUCAGCAGCGUCAUGCAACUUACGCUUUCCUCAUACAAUCCCAUCCAUGGAUGGAAGGGAUUAACUGGAGCAGACAACAGGGACAUAGGCAGGCGGCUGUAUGUAUGAACAAGUCCUCUUGUUAUCCUACUCUCUGUGACUUUGAAACCAUAUGCCUGGAUAACUUUCUCCCUUGCCUGCUUCUGUGGAUAAACUGCAAAUCUGCUUUCCUACAUCUGCUGGACGAAGGUCUUACUACUCACACUGUGCUGCUUUUAAGACUCACUGGAAUCUGCUUAUUCUGGAGCACAUUCAACAAACUUGGCACUGCUUUUCUACAGACUAGACUAACUUUCCUGGUGUGUGGUGAUGCUAAAUCCCAACUCAGUGGAAUUGCCCAAAUACUAAGAAGAUUGAACACAUUGUGCUACAGACCCAAGGAAAGUCUGUGGGCUUUCACAGAAUGUAAGUCAUUGUUGGAUUUUACUCAAAUGUGUUAUCCAAUUUAACACACACACACACAGAGAGAGAGAGAGAGAGAGAGAGAGAGAGAACGACAUAAACCCAGAAGUGGAAGUUCUUAACUCCAAUAGAUUUUUUUCUUCAAACAUCACUAUACUAUUUUGUAUCUGUUACUCCUUUCCCAUAUCUGGUAGCAGAUAUGUACUUCCAAAAAGGUAUGUGCCUACUAUUCAGAUAGCUCUUGGUGACUCAGGGAAUUGAUUCUAAAAAGCAUGCAAUUGAGAGAUUGUUUUAGUAGUCGGGACUAUAUUGAUCACCCUCUCAUUAGCUUCUUUCUUUGCCUCCCUCAAAACUAAUGUUUCCAGGAUCCUCAUUGUGCAGUAGACCUUAUAAUGCUUUCACAUGUCACAAAAAUCCUCAGCACUCCCUAAAGUCUGUUAAGUGACGUGUGGUUUCACUAAACUUGAAUUGUGAUGAGUUCGUUCCAUAGCAAUUAAGCAUCUGUGCCAUUUAUUGUUGCACAGAAGAGAGAAUUUAGCAUAGACAGUUUCUCUGGCUACUGUAGGUCAGGAAAAGUAAUGCAUGAGUAUGGAUUUGAACUCUGGUCUCACAUGUCUUAAUCCAGCACUCUGAACCACUAUGCCAUGCUGAUGUCAUUACCAUGUGCUCUUCCUGGAGCACUUCUUGAGAAUCUGCUGAUUAAAAUAAUUCCUUAUUUCUUGAAUCUGCAUAGCAACCUUUAGGUUGUAUCAAAUGGUGUCUCUAUGCUCACGGGGAGACUCUUUGCUGCACCAGAGCUUUCUGUUUGUGGAAGGGACGGGGAGGUGACGUUCACAAAUCCUCCUUUUCUCCUCCAGCCCCUUGCAUCACAUUGCAGUGUUUCAAAGGGUUCCUCGACCCUCUGGAGGUUUUAAGUACUUUCCUGCAAAGGGAAGAAGAAAUAAGCAAAAAUCCCGCCCCCUCUUUUCUGCUGAUGGUUGAACCCUUUGCUGGAUCGAGGAGUCUUCUGUGACUGCAGGGAAAUGACUGGGCGCAACCGCCAAUGAAUUGCUUUCAAUCAGUGAAAUUCUAUGCUUGGUUUCAGUUUCCACACUUUGCAUCAGACACACAGAUGUACAGCUUUGCCCAAGGCGGCUGGGAACCUUGCAGCGGGAAACUGGUUUUGCUGCUUUGUGUGAUUAAGGUUUGAGACCUCAAAACAUUGUGUGAGCAUUGACAACUUGCAAAUUGUAUCUGCUCUCACCAGGCUAGGCCUGCCUGAAGCAGCUUUGUUUUGGGGGCUGAAAAAUGGCUUAAUCAGGCUGAAUCUCUCUCCCUCCCCCCUCUCCCCAUGUGUGUGUAUAUAUAUUUUUUUCUACACUGCUUCUCUCUUUUUUGUCCUUGAGAACAAAGUUCCAGUCACUUUAAUCAGUCACAUGAAAUGGUCGUUGGAAGAAGUCUGAAAUCCUUGUCAUCUCUUUUUCACAUCUCAUGAAGAUUGUAACUCCACUCUGCGGCAAGAGUGUUAAGUAAUCAUUGUGGGUUGUUCUCUGGCACGACCUCCCCGUCUUCGCAGCAGAUAGCAUCUGGCUUGCAGUUUAAAGAGAACUAUAAUAAAGCUGCAAGGCCCUGCAGUUACUGUGCAUGUUUUGUACCAGCUUGCUUUGAAAUUAACAUGCUUUGGUUUGUGUGGUUUCAGUAACGACAGCUGAAACAUGGUACCUCCAGGGGCUACUUCUGUCUCAUACUGCUGGCUUGUUCUUUUUCUGUGCUUUGCAAAUAGAGCUGGUUUUGUGCAAUGUACUAGUGAACUUUACGCAGGACAGCAAUUAUUUAUUGGCAGCUAUUGAAAUAAAAUGAGGCCUUGCCAGUUCAUUAGGGCUGGCCCCACUCAUAUCUGAGAGAUACAGUUGUUUCCUUGUUUGCCUUUCUCUCCUAGGGGAUAGCAGUCAGUUACUGGCUUCGUCCAACAUUUGAUUACCAGUCCUACACACUUUCAGAUGUUGUGACCUAUACACGGGGCUGCAUGGGUGGGAGCAAGAGAGCAGCGAAGGUCCCUGUGCGCACAGAAAAAGUGCAGAAUGUGGCGUACAGUUUCCCGAGGAUCUCAGCUCUUGCUCUCUAGCCCAUACGGUUCUGCAAACGUGUUUGAAAGUGUGUGACCCGUGCCAGGCAAAAUCUCAGAAAUCAGAAAUGUGACUGAAUUGGUGUUUCAGCAACUGGGAGUGAGGAGGCUUCAGUGCCCUGUUCAGUUCUUGAUCCUUCUCUAGAUUAGCAAAAAAGAAGAAAAAAAUGCAAAACAAGAGAAAUUAUACCGACACAAUAAAUUUACAUAUUGUACAGGUAAUAGGAUGCAGGUUUACUUGGUGUGGAAUUUUGAUUGCCUGAGGGCAGAAUUUGUCCCCCCCCCCCCCUGUUAUGAAUACACAUAGAGCUACUCAUACAUACAUGUUUGCAAAUCUUAGGUUGUUUCCAGAUGACCUCUUUGUUGAACAUUCAUCCUGAUUUGUUUGCAAUGAGGUUACACAACAUCAGGUCAAGUGAUUGUUGUUCCAUGAUUUCCAAUGCAUGUUUGUGUCCUGUUCCUUAUUGUAAAAACUCUGAUAUUGGGGUGGGGUGGGGAGUGGGUUAGUUACGCAAAAUCACCAAAUCAACUUUUAAUUGUGGAGCCUGUAUGUGAUUGAAUCCCACCCAAAACAGUCUGUAAGUGACCUUACUUACAGUACCCACUUAUAUCCAUAUUAUGGUAACUCAUUGUGUGCUUCUUUAGCACUCCCCAACUCUCUAAAGCAGGAAAAAGGAGGGUCAAAUUGCAAUUCCAAUUAGGUUCAAGUCUAUAAACCACAAUACCCACAAUUUCACUUAGCAUGAAUUAUGUUUAAAUGACUACAGACAUUGCACUCAUCCCUGAAAAUGACUAUCAAGUUGCAACUAAAACCUUAUGUCUUUCAAAUCCUUGGGCUUAACCUUGGCAUCUCCUGCUUCGCAACGAAGGAAGUAUGUGGUGAUAUGUAUACAUACAUGGCCACUAGCUGCUGGACUCAUGUAUCUGAUGGAUGGCAUGAUGUUGAAACUCAAUGGUGGGGUAGGGGAGCAGAUGGCAGGAAGAAAGCAAGUAAACAAAUACUCCUCUGGCUUCCUUCUGAUCCACAAAAGCAGGUCAGUGUAUAGAGCAGUAGUUUGUUGAAAUAAAAUGUAAAGGAGCACAAACUAUUAUGCAGGGGGAAGGGGGGAAUUGUACAGGUGAGAACUCAUUGACAUGGCAAUAUUGGCAGGAUCUUGUUUCCUUAGCAUAUAACCCAGUUCAGACUCCCUGCCAGACAUAUAGUAUUCUGUUUGUAUUUCACAUAUUUUAUAACUACCCUCUGUGUAUAUUUCUUUUCCUUGAGCAUUUCUGUCAUAUAUUUUCCUGACACUUCAUUCAUCACUUGGAAGUUGAAGCCAGGGAAAAGAAAUGCCAGUAUAAUAUCUGCCUCCUUUCCCCUCCAAGACUGUUGGUCUUGUCUUGGAGUUCUUUGGCUUUCCCCUCACUACUUGAGUAUAUACUGGCAAGGCUGGCUAAUUACUGCCGGGAGAAAUAAGACAGCCACAUCUUUCAGCAUCUUUUGGAGCUGGGCUCCAAAGCUCACAGUCGUGGUGCAAAUUAGAGAUCCAAGACAGCCAGCAGUUAGGACUAUUAGAUUUCUACACUGACAUUAAGCAUAGGGAGUCAAUGCACCAUUGUAUUUCAUUUCAGUGGUUGGGUUUCAUGGAGUGCCAUUAAGGUUUGAUAUCAAGCUGCUCUUUUACUGGCAAAUUGUUUUAUUGGAGUGGCUAAAAGGUGAAAAUGACACAGGCCAACCUGCUUUCCUUUUCUCUUGUUAGAAGCUUUAUAACUGUUAUAAGAGUUGUAAAUGCACAUGAGCUGGAACAAUGGAGCAUUGUUCUUUGGGCUCAGCAACAACAUGUUGACAAGGAGUUGCUUUUAGCUGAUUAACUGUCCAGAUUCUGAAUAGAAUAUUUUGGUGCUCGUAAACACCACAUCUCGAAUCAGGUAACGUUUGAAGGCAGCUAAUAAAAGCACUGUUUUUAACUCACACGUACACUGCCUUGCCUUGCAUGAAAUCAGCAGAUGUCUUCAUUGUGCAUGAUCUCUGCAAAACAACACUGGACACCAUGUAUGCCUGUUUUCAUUUAACCCAGAUUCUCCGUAAAUAAUCUGCAGUGAUUGAAUUACUCAUAAAACCACAGCAUCCUUGUUUUGCCCUGAGUGUUUAAAGUUCUUAACACAAAAAUUCACUUUUAAAUGUAUCAGGUGCUUUGAAAACAUUUACCUUAUUCAUUUUGAUUCAGAUUCCUGGUUUAGGGGUGGGAAAGUGUAACUUGGCAGAAGGUGACAUGCAGCAAAUGCAUAAAUUGAGCUCAGAUCUUAAAGGUCAUACAUUCUCUGGGCUACCAUGUUCCAUCGUAGUUUCCUUCUCCUGGCUAAUGCUUUAAGGGAAAAUGGUGAAGUCCUCUGUAUGGACCUGUCUUAGAUGCAUUUUUUUAUCACUGCAGUUCACAGAAGUUGCUCUGAGUAACUUCUGCCAGGUCUCAGCUCAGAAUUACAUUGUUCAUGCAAAUGCAGACGUGGGCACUUCAUCCUAGUAGAAUGAACAAACCAAGUCUUAAAGGGGCAAGCCAGCUACUUUGCAUUUCUGCAGCUCAAAGUCACUUCACUGUUUUCCUUCUCGCAGACAGUAAUUUUCAGCGUUGUGAAGAAACAAUUGUAGCACAGUGUGCUAAAUGGCAGGUGAUGACAGUUUGGUAGGUAAGACAGGUAUUGUUGACAGCUUAUAGCAUUACACCCUCAACAGGAAAGCUGCCACAAUAUCCUUGUAGCAGUGGGAGGUUUUUAUUUUGGGGGUGGGGGAGGCAUUAGCACAAGACCUUUUCAGUAUUUUUUCACUUUGGGCAACACUGUCUUGUUAACCUUUCUUCUACCAUAGUUGCUUGGGGAUCUCAGAGAGAGACAUUCUUUGGAUUUCACUCCACAUACAUGCUCAAAGUGAAAAAGAAAAUCUCACAGAUUUUUAAUUUGCAGAAAAGGAAGGAUUUUUAUCAGUGAACUUUCAUAGGUUUUAUAACUUCCUCAGUGUGACCCUUAGGUGUAGCAGGGAAGCUGGUAUUAUAGGUGUUUUUUUUUAACUAAGCCUUUAAGACUGGAUAAUAGAAAAGCAAAUAAUACAGAACAUAGAUUUAUGCAUUGAAGAGGCAUUAUGGAUAAUCAUGUUCCCUAUUGGCACUGGACAUUAUAGGCCUAUUCAGGACGCUAUAUUCUUCGUGAAUAGUGAGUUUUCCACCUCUUGGCUGCAUCCCUGGCUUAGUGGUGGAGCAUCUUCUUUGCCUGCAAGGGGUCCCAAAUUUGGUCCUCAGCAUCUCUGGUUAAAAGGACCUGAGGUAUCAGGGUGAGGAAAGGCCUCUGCCCAGCAGCUGUUGCCAGUUAUGUUACUAGACUCAAUGUGGCAUUCAAAAGAGUGCAGAAAGUGAUCACUGAUACUGGAUGCAAAUCCACCAACACAAGACUUGAUCCUCAGCUCAUCAGGUAUGCCAGCCUGGAGCUGGUGCAAUGAAAAUUUAGGAGGGGGAAACAUCUCCCCCUGCCCUGCUCAGUGUUAGUCAGCAAGACUUGGGAUGUGGUGGUGAAUCUGCUGCUCCUUUCAUCCCCAAUUCCAUAUAGGAUAGCUCUGCUAGUCUUGUAAAAACCAAAUACUUUGGUACUUUUAAAACUUUGACCUGUAAUCUAUGACACACUAUCGUACUGCUUCCCAUAUACAUGCUUAGAUGUAAAAACCAAGUAACUGGAAAAUAGUUUUUUAAAAAACAAAAAAACCCUAAAAAUAAUUAUUAUAUAUUGUAGAUUCACAUUUUUAAUUUUAAUUAACCCACUCUAUGUCUGAAUGCUGGCAAAUGCCCACUUUCAGAUGGUUCAGAGUGACUGCUUCAUCAAUAUGUAAAUCAAAUGUGAAAUGAAUUAGUUGCCCUUUUGAUUGGUGUUUUAAAACAGGCAUAUUCUGCAACGUGUUCUUGACACAGUAAUAGUGCACCAAUGGUGGAUUUAUUCUUCUGGAUUUAUUAUUUAGUUUGUUUUGCAAUGCUACCACAUUAUUACUGUCCGGAAGGGCUCUUAGCAUAACAAAAGUAGAAUAAAAAUAAUCCAUAUCAUUUGCAGUAUAAAAAGUUGUGAUAUUCCAGCAGGAAGAUCUGCGAUACAGACUGAUUAGAAGGGAAGCAAUGUGACCACCCCUAAACUUUUGCAGGUGCCAGCAGUAGUGAAAGAAGGAUCACAUAAGGCUGUCCUGAUAACACAAUGAGCACAAAUCAUAAUGAAUGCACAAUAAAAGGGAUGUCUAGAGGGUCCCUAAAACAAGCACGUAGCACUUAAUGGUUGCCAAAUAAUUUGCAGCAGAGUGGGAUACAGCAGAGUCUGGUAGAAGUGAAUAAAUAGGUAGGGUGUGAUUAAGAUGCCAGGAAAGAUUGAGCAAAACAAUAAGAAGCAUAACUUUUUUCUUCUUAUUAUUUUUAAGUUCCGUGGUACCAGGAAGGCUGUACAAUUGCACAUCCGGGAAGUUGUCAUUCUUCAAAAACUGAAAAGAAACAUGCAUUUUAGUUGUUGUUUGCUUUGGUAUCACUGGUUCUAAUGCAGCCCCAAAUUACAAGUCUACCAAUGGGAGAGUGCUGCUGGUUAAUAAGUGCCAUUCAAAUUCCUGAUAGCAGGAUUCUUAAGAAAAAUAAAUGUAGAUACUGUAACAAAGCUACUGUACAUAAACUUAAAAAAAACCCCUGUUAAAAUAACAUUCCCAGCCUUUUCAAACUAAUGACAUCAAGGAGGUGCCAAGAUAAGGCUUGCAUUGGCAUGUCGAGGCAUGUUUGCAGAAUAUUAGUCCUGUGUGUGAAGAUAAAAACCAAACACUUUUCUCAGGGUCAACAUGUAGUGCUUAUUCACAAGUGGUCAGCUGAGAAUGAAAGCAACAGGGGAAUGCAAGGAAUGCCUUGCAAUGCAAACAAUCCAAUGGAAUUCACAUCUCUAUGUAUAGAGAUUAAUUAUGAUUGAUGCUGUUUUAACACCUCUUUUUUUUUCUUUUGCUCCAAAAGACUUAUCUCCAUAUGUCUUAAAUCAAGGGUUGAUUUCUACCUAAUGGCAGAUACUGGGCAUCCUCACAUGACUUUCUUUUCUCUUUCUAACCCAUCCCCAACCAAAUAAUACAUAUUUCCCAUUGCUCCACAAAAUAGGCUGUCAUGUUGUGCCCUGCCAUGCUUCCCACUAGUGACAGCCAGUGAUGUGGAAGGGCAGUGAGAAAACAAUGUAGGAAAGGGAAGAGACAUCAAAUUCGGGAGAACAACAUGAUGUCAAAUUACAGGACAAGUAAAGCUACACAUUACCAUAAAGAACAUGGUGUCUGCCACAAUAUGUACUUUAACCCUAAGGACUACUUUGUAUAGUCAAUGGCUUUGCAAGGGCCCUGAAAUUUCUCUCUCUCCCUUUAAAAAAUGCUACUCAUUGUGAUGUUGAUUGAUGUAAGUACCUGUUCCCCCAACUGAUAGAGCAGCUGUUGGGGGGGGUAUGUAUGCACCAUUCUGUGGUCCUGUUUUCUUUCUUCUGCUCUUUUAGAUAAGGCAGCAAAUUUGUGCUACGCCAGGCUCCUGUGGCAGCCAUUUUGUGUUACGCCACAACCUACAGCAUCCAUUUUGUGGCAUGCCAUGACCCCAUGGAAGCCUCUUUGUGUUCUGCCACAUCCUCAUGGCAGCCAUUUUGUGUUAUGCCACACACCCUCUGCACUUUCUAAAAAAAUUUCAAGUUGGCCCCAAAGACUGGCAACCCCUGAUCUAGGUCCUGGAGAUGAUUUCUCAGUCUUGUUGGGUUUUUUGUGGGGAGGGGGGAAUGGGGAGGUGGGGAGAGUCAAACUAUACCUUGUGCUUUUCAGGGAGCUCUGUUUUUAUGAGCUCCAUUGGAUGUUCUUAAUGCCAUCUAUGACACUUCCAGGUAAUGCUGUUUUCCAGCCCUCGAUGUCUCUCCAAAUCUCCCUCUCUUAUUUGCAUUAAACCCAGAGUGCGCCACACUAGCAAGAAUAAAUAGCUACACCCACAUAUUGCUUUCUACAACAGUUAGAUUGGCACAUGGGGAAGGGGAAAACAAAGCCGUAUUCUCUAAGGGAUCGUUAUGCAUGAGGUGGGAACACUUGCAAUUAAAAAAGAAAAGAAAAGCAUGCCCUCUAACAGCAGAAAUAUGAUAACAGGUGCACUUGUAUGGCAUUAAACCAGGGACUGACUCAUUGCACAACAGUGAACCAGCAAAGCAAGCAAACUGCUUUCACAAGGCAGGGUGGCUCUCAUUCAGAACGUUUGAAAGGUCAACUGUCAGGGGUUCAGGAGCAGAGGCACAGGAAAGGGAGGAAAUAGAGAGCGAGGGGGAGGAGUCCGAAGGAAAUGUUAGCGAUGACAGCGGUCCGAGGUCUCUGAGUCUUUCCAGCGAAUCGGAAGAUUCACAGAAAGGGGCUCCCUUGGUCAGAGCAAGGGGGUUGCCGAGGGGGACACCCCAGGAAGAAGGGGCCAGAGGGGACUCAGAGAGCAGCAGUUGGAAAUCAGGACCAGCGUCCACACCAGAGUGCAGUAGGGGGGGAGGAGUCCCAGGCAUCGGGAUCAGGCGGCGCACUGCCAGUGGGAGGACAUGAGUCAGGAUUGGCCACGCCUCCAUCGGGGAGCGAGGAAACGGUCGAGAGGAAGGUUGAAGGCUGGGCGCGCGCCAAGUCUCAAAUGUACAGGAGGGCGGCGCAGUUGGCAGCCCGGAUAGGGAGCCAGGUCCCAAAGCCCGCCGAAAAGAGGGGAGGAGUCAGGAGGGUCAUCGUCAGAAGAAUCCAGGAAGGAAGGGACGCCUGGGGGGAGCAGGACCCAGAGGAGAAAGGAGAGACGUAAGAGGUGGAGUAAGGCUAGAAUCUUAAACUGGUGUACAGGGUGCGGAGACUCAGAUGGAGCUUCGCCGAUCUAACCCCUAGACGUAGAGCUGGGGCGCUCCGGCUUGAAAAUGGAAACUGUACUUCAAUAAAGACUUUUGCACAUUACUGCCGGCUAGCGUUGGUCCUCUGUGAGCUGGGACCUGGAGCCAGCUCUGACAUCAACAUUAGAGAUAUUAGUUUAUGACCUGUGUGGUUUUGCAUUCAAAUAUUGGGGGGGGGUCUGUUUUUUAAAUCUCCCCCCUCUCUUUGAUACCCAAGUAGAAGAACUGGUAUCAUACUGGUCAGGAGCUGUAGUGUAAGUUUGUGGAUAUGGACCAAUGCCAAUACAAAUAUGAAUAUGUUAGAGUGCUAGCUACUAAACAGCGUUGCUAACCGUCAGAUAACAGGCCUGGAGUUAUCGCUGUCUUUUUUGCAUUGCAGCACAUUAAGCACAAGUGACUUGUCUUCACAGUUUGCCCCCGCCCUCCCUUUUAUCUGUGCCAUGUUGGUCUCUACCCUUGCUGUAAAAAAUGCUGCCAGCUUUGAUCUCCCACCUGUUUCAACUGCCAGCUGCCUGGGUGUUUUCUCCCAUGAUGUUAUUUAAGGGUGGACCCUUCAGUUACAUUGUGCAAAAGCUGGAGCUGUCUAGCUAAUUUAUUUGAAACAAUCCUAGUGAAAUAAUUAUUAGGAGGAUUCCAAAAUAGUGCAUGUGAAAAGUGCAACCAGCUGUCUUGGUAUUCAGAGGUACUGUGCAGCAAAUUACAAAAAGUUAAGCACCAAAUGCAGAGGGAUCUCUGCCUAAAGUUCAAGGGGUAUGGAAUUCUGCCCUAAAGCCCCCAGAUUCUGAGUCCAGAAAGCCUGUAUUCUGCUAAUUAGUGGCAGAUCCAGAAAAGGCAGUGAGUAAGGAAAAUAAGCAUAUUGCACUAUGGGAAAGACCAAUGAAGAAUAGUUGCACCAUCAUUGCUGCAAAACCCACCACUAAACCCUUCCCUCUCAUUUCUUGACUUUUAUGUGAAAUAAUGAGAGCUAGAAACCUGCUCCUUUAAAAAUAGUUAAAGAAUAAUUAAAUUAUGGUUUCUGAAGAAGGAUGAGAAAUCUUUCAGUUUCUGUGGACUUUAGGGGAGUUUUAAAAACUGGUUGUGAUGCAGCCUGGUCAAGAAAAGGAUGCAAUUUGCUUUGGCUCACUGAGAAUAGCUUUUUAGAUCCCAGCCCAUAUGGCUGUAUGCUAGUGCAGCUGUCAAUCAAACAGAGCCUAUGAGGCGUCGAGAGACAAUCCUCCUUCUUUCCUAGAGAAAACAUCUCAGAAAAUAUCUGAAAAGUGGACUUUUGUGCACACCCCUGUUAAAAGGGGGUCUCAGAUGUCACCCCCAAAUAGAUAAGGCCUGUCAGAAAUCUGAUAUUUGACACAUACGUAGUUGAAGAUACUACCAUGGCACAAUGCCAUUUUGUGAAAGUUUUUGUUUGAUAUCACACACCGCACACUGCUGCAGUGUUAGGAGUGGAUGCAAACAACAGCCCAGGUUGAGCUGUGUUGCUGUUGGAUUUUCACAACCAGCUCUUUAAAGCUUACAGCGAUAGCCGAAGGAGAAUGAGCCAAGGGGGAGCUCACCCGCCGAGCUUUAUCCAGGAGCACUUAUCCAGCAAUGUGGUUUCUUUUUAGAAAGGGGUUAUCUGAGCAAAGCAGCUGCUAGAUCAGCUUUCUGCACGGCCUCCUUCAGCACUGUACUGCGUGCCCUUCAAAGGAUCGGUUACAAUGGGAACCACUGUCUAUCACUGACCUGGUACCUAUCCUCUCUGGGAUGUUUCUCAGGGUAGUCUCUUCCUGAAGCUUCAAACCUCAUUGGUGCCUCCCUUGCCCUCUGCUGAUAUGCGGCAAUUACAAUCAAACCCACAAGCUGUUGUAACUUGCGUCUCAGGUCUAGCCCUGAGCUUAGCAGCCCCAGGACCAGGCAUGUACAAUGCCGUCCUCCUCGAGCUCUGCAAAUUGGUACAAAAACAAACAAAAAACAAACUCUCAAUUGAAUAUUUUCCUUUUACCAUCAUGAGUUUUGAUGCACCAACCUGGGCCCCUAAGAUAUAUUAGUUGCCCACUCACUCUAGAUGUUCCUACUGACUGCGGUGUAAGGCAGGUCCAAGCAAUUUUCACCUGAAGAAGCAGAACUGAGCUCCCUCUGGCCUCUAGCCACGGUGCCUAUCUGUAGUGGUGUAUCGUGGAAGAACAGCCGUAAUCUGACUCAGUUGUUAGUUUUGGCCUGGCCUCAGGGAAGAUGUAUGUUUUGGAAAGGUGCAUGUUUCUUGUGUAAUAAGACUUCUAUUCAUUUUAAGAGAAGACAAAGCGAGGCUGCCUUGCAAGCCUUUGGAGUGGUUCUACAAUGUAGAGCCAGACAAACAGGGCAUUUGUUCUGCAACUGUGAAAGGCUGAAAAGAUCCCUUUGAAGCAAAGGUGGUGUACACCUUUAAUCCCAGAGCGCGGGGAACAGCGGUAUUGACACAGUUGCCUCCAAGCGCAGAGGACUGAAAGGUGGAAUUCAGAGAACUCAGCCACUUCAUUUGCAGCACUGUUUGCAAACUGAAUACUCCUCAGUGGUUACCAGGUAACUAGAGACCAGAGAAUUCUGCCAAACUCUGUGGCAUCAAGAUUAGCAGAGGCUUCUGUUCCUCUUAAAAGGCAGACAUCUGCAGCAACAUCAUAAUGCCCGCCUGACUAAUGAAUUGUCAUGGGGCCAUCUUUUCCCCAGCACUCCAGAAAACAAAGGCCUUGGUGCCUGUGAAAACUUGCUUUUGGAAUUCGAAAGGUGGGCAAUGAAGCUUACAAGCACUCCUUCGUUUGUAAAAUGUCAAGUGAUUCCAAAGCGGCUGAGCCUUCUUUCUUGGAAGUAGAGUGACGGUGGCUCGAAUUCAGAGAGAGAUCUGUGACCACCUUCUUUACAAUCACCCACUUGGAAUUGGAUUCAGUCUUUGCCUCCUAGAAAUGUAAGGCAUAUAGUGGGGUUUCAAGUGUUCUCGUUUGGUGUGUUUGGCCCCUUGCAAGUAUACUGUGUACAGGUUCCCCACUUGCGACACAUCCAUGCCAUUCAGAGGCUUCCCAGCCAACAGAGUAAAAAGAGCAAUGCGGUUUCUGCAGCUUUUCACGCCAUACUAAAUAUUUUUUCUGUCUGCUAGAGCUUCUUUCAUGAAUUCUCACAGGCAUGCAUAGAUAUAGUCAUUUUAUGGUAUAAUACGGAGGUUGCACCGGCAGAUCCCAGUGCAGGAGUAUCUCUGCUUGAGCAAAUGUCUUAGCCACAUUUCCAGAGAGCUGCAUGUAUAUACUGAAAACUGGCAUGUGGAGUCCACAGGAACUUCUUGUAUUUGGUGACUCCUUUGUCCUGAAUAAAAUGGUCACAGACUCACCUGGGGGGAUGUUAGAAGAAAUGCAGGAACCGGUGAAAAGGGAAACAAUAGUAGCUUUUCAUUUCCUUCAGUUCUCCAGCAUCUGCAUGAACUUUGCUAAGAAUAACUAAUCUCUACUAGUGUGCCUUUGGGAAAAGGACACAUGUGCCAUCCCAAAGGGGCUGACCAAGCGAGGUUUACUGUUGAAUCGUUUUCCUGAGAUUUCCUUUGGAAAAACAAUUUUUCUUCUUCCAAGUGUAAUUCUGUAUAGUGGUUAAAAAUAACUAGUGACAUUUUCCAUGCAACUUGGAGAUUGUAAAGCAGGCAUCCCCAACCUACGACCCUCUGGGUGUUUUGGCCUACAACUUCCAUGAUCUCUAGCUAACAGGACCAGUGGUCAGGGAUGAUGGGAAUUGUAGUCCAAAACAUCUGGAGGGUCGAAGGUUGGGGAUGCAUGUUGUAAAGAUUAGCAAAGGCAUAGGCAAACCUGGCCCUCCAGAUGUUUUGGAACUACAACUCCCAUCAUCUCUAGCUAACAGUGGUCAGGGAUGAUGGGAGCUGUAGUCCCAAACAUCUGGCGGGCAGAGUUUGCCUAUGCCUGGAUUAGCAUCUCCAAUUCAUGAUGAUAUUGUGGUGAAACCUGCUCAAGGAAGUUGAUGGAACUAGGCUGUUGUGGUGGUUAAAGUGUCAGACUAGGAGCAAGAUCUGCCAGGUUCACAAAACCCUCUUGGUGGUGAAAGUCACUGGGUGAACUUAGGCUAGUCACUAUCUUGGACCACUCAUGGUCAGCUUAGCCUACUUUACAGAAUUGCUUCAAGGAUAAGAUGGGGUAGGGAAGAAUCCUGUUUGCUGCCUGAGCACCUGUGAAGAUGAAGGGGUUUGACAAUGGGGCUGAUGAAAGGUGACUUCUUCAUCCUGAUAGUCUCGCAGUCCCUGAAAAAUGCUCUACGAGAUCUGGGGUGCCCUGUAAAUUUCAGUAUGCUGUGGGGUACAGAGGACUGAGAAGAACCUUGAAAAUUUGGCAGUCUCAGCCCCCCAACCCCCCACGUGUUCAGCAGGGUCUCCUGGAUUUCACUAGAGCAUAGGGAGGGGAUGCCAUAGGGCAGAGGGGAUGGGAAAGCCAUCUCCUGCCCAUCCCAUUGUGUGUGCUUAACUCUGAAUCUAACCCAAUAAAAAUAUACAGGAUUGUAGCCAGUUCUGUUGCUCCACUAAGCAUUUGCACACCAUCAAAAUCUGCUCCAGAAGGAUGAAGGACCCUUCUGGAGUAGAUUUUGAGGACACACAGGGAGCAGAGAAGAAGAAAAAGUCCCACUAUAUGAGUGGAAGUCCACACAGACAGUGUCGGAUACAACCCACAGAAUCUAACCCAAUAAAAAUAUGCACUGAAGUGCAUCUUCACUGAAGCCUAGCAAACAUGUAAUCUUAAUGAAUGACAGAGAGAUACUCAGUAUGAGCCAGCACCCUUGUUUCCUAAUUGCAGUGUUGUUUUGUUUUUUCUUCUUUUUCAGAAUUGUCAGACUUUUAACAGCCUUAGCUGCCUUAGCAUCACAGCGGAUGAUUGCUCUCAACAGAAUCAGUUCUCACCUGGCAUCAGCGGCACCAAGUCAUGGACAACAGCAUCCCUUUGCACCUUGGACGUCAUGCCAGGCAGGACACCAGCCUGCACCCCUGUGCCAGAGCCACACUCAAACGCAGAAGAAUGUAAAUCUAGCAAAGAAGAUUUCUCCUACGAGGAAUCAGAGUUUUGUGCCACAGAAGACGAGAGCAGUAGGAAAGAAGAGGACAACUCCUCAUGGAGGAACAGUGGGACAGGAGGGGAUAACAUCUUUCAGUUGGAUGGCGAAUUAGAUAUUGAGCAGAUAGAAAACAACUGA